AUACCCUUCUGCCGAUAAUACAACGAAUAGUAACUGUUUUACUGGGUAAUCAUUUAGAUAGCGAAAUAGCAAAUAGCACAAUUUAUUUUCAACUGUAAUUAUUAUUAUUAUUAUUAUUAUUAUUAUUAUUAUUAUUACCAUUACUAUUACUAUUAUUAUUAUCAUUUUUAUGACUGUUAUUAUGAAGUUAUGGUCCGCGGUGAACCCAAGCAUUGUAAUAUAAGCGGUCCUUAGUAUGUUUAAACGUUAUAGGUGUAUGCGCUUCAGGCUUCUUGCACAGAACGCUUUUUGAAACAGUUGCAAGCAUUCUACUAAUGAACUUGGACAAAAACAAAGGUUACCUUUCUGUGAUAUGAUGUUUCAGUUGUUUAAAAAAUCUGUGUUUUUUUUGGUAUAAUAGAACAAGUUGGUACACGUGCCAGAAGUAAGAAUGCUGCUAUAUCGUAUUGGUCACACGUCCUUUGCCCACAUACUCUGUAGCACCGCAGAGAUUCUUAUGUUAGAUGGUGUCAGAUUUGUUGCAAAUCAGACGGCACCAUGUGACUCUUCUCUUUGAGUUUGUUACAUUAAUGGUCGCAAAGUUGUUAUAUUACUGGUUAAUUUUUUUAUUGCAUCAAAGGUUAAAAAAUUAUUACAUUGGUGGUUAACUUUUUGUUACAUUAGUGGCUGAUAUUUAUUACAUUGGUAGUUAGUAAUAAUAAUAAUAAUACUAAUAAUAAUAAUAGGUCUUUAUUUUACACAAGAUAAAGAUACAUAUCCUAUGUUACAACUGUUAAUGAUUACCGUAAAAAAAUAUAAAAAAAAAAGCUAAUCAUAGAAUCCUAACUAUCCUGUACUAAGGUUGCGUUUAAAUAUUAAUCUAUUUACAAAGGCAGACAUGAAACGCUCAGUUUUAAUUUUAGGACGGGCACAUUGCUCCUGGAGCGUGACCAAAAGCGUGAUCAAGCAAAAAGAAUAUAAUAUUUUUUCGUAAAAUUUUUUUCGUCAGUCCAAGACAACAAACAUCUUGAUUUUUCACUUGAGCAAGUUAACUCUAAAAUGGUUAAUUCUAUCUGGCAUUCCCUACCCUACUUACUUUCUUUUACCCCUGUUUCUCCCCUCUUGGUUUAUUCACAUAAUUAAAUACUUGUACAUUGUACAUGUACAAAUUUCAAAACGUGUUUUUAAAACCAUUUUCAGGCAAGAAGCCCAGUGAAAGAGCCAAAGUUAUGUUUCCUUAUGAACCUGAAAAUCCAGAUGAACUUAAAUUAGUUAAAGGUGACAUUAUCACUAUACUCAACAAAGAUGGUCCUGAUAGUGAAGGUUGGUGGGAAGGAGAGGUCAAUGGUAAAGUUGGUAUGUUUCCUAACAACUUUGUUAAACUGCUGCCCUCUGAGGAAGAAGAUACGUCAGUGAAAGACAAAGUAAUAAUAUUGAUACUAUUCAUACUUUUUUGAGUACACAUAUAAAUUUGCUGUCAAGCAUGAACAAUUUUACCUUAGUUAUGGUACGAUACCUGCAACAGGACCUUAUUUUGCUUCCUUUCUGUAAACAUAAUCAAUUGUCAAUUUUCACCAGCAAGUGAUAAAAUCCUUCAUAGUUGCUUCUCUCCAUUUUUUUGUCCACUGGUUCUUAGCGGUGGGCUCCCUUAUUCUUUUCAUAGCUAAAGUAAUCCCUUUCCUUUUUCACUUAAAAUGCCUUGAAAUGCACUUUUCACAUCAGAUCUCCCAAAUUUAAGACGGAAUCCAUCAGGAAAUUGAGUAAUUUUAAUUUUCAGUGGACAAAGACCUUGUACCAGAAUAAUUUAAACAAUAUCGCAUUCUUUUUUACAUUUUUCAAGGGCUAUAGAUGUAAUUAGCUAUCUGUAAUAACACCAAAGAAAAUUUCUUUUGACAGUCCGAGAAAAUAAAUGUCAAAUUUCACAAAAUGACAUCUUACGCAUGAAAUUUUCAGAAUGUUACCUGUGUUUUCACAAUUCUUGUGAAAUUUGACAUUUAUUUUCUCGGGCUCCCAUGAGAAAUAGUUUUUGGUCUUAUGACAGAUAACUAAAUAUAUCUAUAGUCCGUGAAAAAUGUAAAAAAGAAUGCGAUAUUGUUUGGAUUAUUCUGGUACAAGGUUUUUGUAAAUGUUAGUCUGCUACACAGCCGUUUUUAGUGUCGUCACUCAACGCUCCUCCCCACAAACGGUUGCCGACAAUACAGAAACACAUUCCUGUCUAGCGCUUAACCAAUUAGAAUUCAGCUCCCGUUUUCUAGAAGAUGUUCGCGCCACGUUUGCGCUUCCAAUCAAAGCUUUGCUUUUAUCGGUGCCCCAUGUGUGAAUGACAAUCAAAAUCGUCGCGUGAAAACAAGCAAUCAGCUAGAGUAGUGUUGUUCUAUUCAAAAUUCGUGAGAUAAGCAUCAGCAGCAUUCAAGUGGAGCAAAUGUGAUGCACAAAAUGUAUUUGCUUAUAAAGUUGCCGGCUAAAGUUUCGGAAAUCGCUCAUCAAUAAUUUGAAUCAGUACCCUUCACAUGUGCAGCAACACAUUAAGCACACCCGGCACGUGAAAUUCAUCAUGCAUACAUAUGCACGUUAAAAAGAACCAACUGAUCCUGGUAAGAGUCUUAAUGGCCUAUCAAACCUUUUUUCACGUGGAACUUUGUUAACCCCUUAAAACAAACUUUUUCUCCAAAUUAACCUUUUCGUUGCUUGCAGACACAGAGCCCCUCCAAAUUCAGAGAUGACUGUUUGACCUAGCGCCUUGCGACUCACGUAUUGUCGAUUUUCUUAUAUAUGAUUGGUUUGUUCGUUGGACCACAAACACAAAGGGAAAGGAAUAUAAUUCGAUUCUCAGAAGCCGUUUGUGGAGAGGAGCGUUAUGUGACGACACUAAAAACGGCUGUGAAGCAGGCUAGGUUUUUGUCCACUUAAAUUGAAAUUACUCAAUUUCCUCAUUUGUGGAUUCUGUCUUCAAAAUUUCCCAUGGAAUCUCCCAGUGGAAGGGAGCUAACCGUAAAUGAUGAGCUGUGUCAUACUUAUGUUAAUUUUAUUUUGUUGUUGUUGUUUUUCCUCUUCCUACUGUAACUUUUCUGCAGAACACUGGUACAAUUCACAAAAAAAGGAGGAAUAUAAGCAAACCUCCAUAUGCAAAUGAUUGACAAUGCCCUCUUUUGGACCCGCUCCAGCUCACACUGUAAAUACUUGGGCAGAGCAAAAAAGAAAACAGGCGCUGGAAUAUUCGUAGUUUCCACAGCAGCUGGGUGCUCAAGGAGGUUCAACUGUAUUCUUAAUUCCAACAGUUUUCUUGUUGUUGUUAUUGAUCAUAAUUAUUGAUUUUAGUGAUUGUUUUUUCCAGGCUCCUGUUGCACCUGUAGCAGCCAAGAAAGGUGUACCUGUGCUACCAGUCAACUUAGAUGAACUUAAAAAAUCACCAAGUGAGUAUUCUUACCUUUAGAGGCAUUGAAAUUGAUGUCAAAGCUCUAGCUAAUAUUACUAUAUUAUUAUAACUUUGUCAGGCAUGGUGGCGCAUUUUGCGGGCUAAAGUAUCUUUUAGCCCACUUAAAUAAGCCAAUGGAAAGAGGAGAUCAAACAGUCAUUCGAUAAUUACAAGCAGCCAAUCACAAUCGAGAACCCAUUGCAAUGUUCGCGCCACCGUUUUCUGGCAUUGUUUGUCAAAGAAAUCACUCUGCCAUUUUAAAAGGUGAUAGCAUGGCUGAAAGGACAAGAAACAUCAAUCUUGAUUUUUCACUCGAGCAAGUUGCCCCCAAAAUAGUUUAAAAUUUUGCCUUGGAUUCCCUAUCCUACUCAGUUUUUUACCUCUACCCCUAGAGUCUGUUCGGGCGUACGGUCACGUGAUUACUAAAAUUUCUCGGAUGGAUGGAUAUAUAAGAACCUGUUAAACUAAAAUUUUCAAUUAAACCCCCUUUUCAUAAGAACCCAUUUAGCCUAAAAUUUUCAACAGGUUAUUAUUUUUCAAAAGUGAAGGCGGAGGUGAAAAUACAGAUAAAAGUUUUAGUCUAGGUUUCAGUAAGUACCGGUAAGAUUCACAAAGCAAAGUAACACAGCAUUUUAUGGACACUUCAGCAUGAAAGACGUGCACGCUAGUACUUUGGAAAGAUAGAUUUACUGUAUGCUUAUCAUCUAAACUGUAUUCUAGAUAAUUAUUUAAUACAGCAAUAUAUUCCAUAUCACAAAUGCCCUGUGCCCCUAUCAAAUUAAGAACCUAUGUUAAGAACCUAAGUAUCCUAAAUUCCCAUUAAAUACUAUUUUUAUAAGAACCUAUUUAGGCUAAGUUGGAAAAAUCUAGGUUCUUAUAUGCGGGCUUUUACUGUACCAAAUUUUCUUAUGUAUGGAGCUCCGCUCGAGCUCGCGACGUGGAGCUCCGCUUUAAUACACUGUUUCUCCCCUCUCGGUUAAUUCACCUAAUUAAAUACUUGUACAUUGUACAAGUACAAAUUUCAAAACGUGUUUUUAAAACCACUUUCAGGCAAGAAGCCCAGUGAAAGAGCCAAAGUUAUGUUUUCUUAUGACCCUGAAAAUCCAGAUGAACUUAAAUUAUUUAAAGGUGACAUUAUCACUAUACUCAACAAAGAUGUUCCUGAUAGUGAAGGUUGGUGGGAAGGAGAGGUCAAUGGUAAAGUUGGCAUGUUUCCUAACAACUUUGUUAAACUGCUGCCCUCUGAGGAAGAAGAUACGUCAGUGAAAGACAAAGUAAUAAUAUUGAUACUAUUCAUACUUUUUUGAGUACACAUAUAAAUUUGCUGUCAAGCAUGAACAAUUUUACCUUAGUUAUGGUACGAUACAUGCAGCAGGACCCUACUUUGCUUCCUUUCUGUAACAUAAUCAAUUGUCAAUUUUCACCAGCAAGUGAUAAAAUCAUUCAUAGCUGCUUCUCUCCAUUUUUUUGUCCACAGGUUCUUAGCGGUGGGCUCCCUUAUUCUUUUCAUAGCUAAAGUAAUCCCUUUCCUUUUUAACUUAAAAUGCCUUGAAAUGCACUUUUCGAAUCAUAUCUCCCAAAUUUAAGACGGAAUCCAUCAGGAAAUAGUGUAAUUUUAAGUUUCAGUGGACAAAAACUUUGUACUAGGAUAAUUUAAACAAUAUCGCAUUAUUUUUUAGAUUUUUCAAGGGCUAAAGAUGUAAUUAGUUAUCUGUAAUACCAAAAAAAAUUUCCUAUGAGAGCCCGAGAAAAUAAAUGUCAAAUUUCACAAAAUCAAGACCGGAAUUUUACCUGCGGGCUUCCAUGAAAAGUAUGAUCUUUGGUGUGAUUACAUAUAACUAAUUAUAUCAUCAUCCAAACAGCAGCAGGAGCAGGAGAACGUCAUCAAACCGCCUCUUCGAUGUGACCAUGGGCAGUUACGAUGGCGCCGAAUCAUGCGAACUCGUCGGCACUUACCUCCUCCACAACAUCAAAGAAAGGUUCGGUAACGCAUGUAACUUUGGCUUGUACAGAGAUGACGGUCAAGGUGUAACUAAGGCAUCACCUCGGCAGGCCGAGCUUAUUAAGAAGGAAUUGUGGAGCAUUUUCGCCAAGUACGGUCUGAAGAUUACUAUCGAGGCCAAUAAGAAAGUAGUAAACUUUCUUGACGUCACACUUAACCUGGCUAACGGUAAAUACUUGCCAUACAACAAACCAGGAAACAUUCCACUCUACGUCAACAAGAAAUCUAACCAUCCACCCCACAUCAUCGAAAACAUCCCAAAGUCCAUUAACAAAAGGCGGUCUGGGGAGAGCAACAUGGAGUGAAGACGCAUUUUCGGAAGCUCCGUCGGCCACUUUUCUUACUACGGUGUUUAUGGAGGUUUCCUCUGUUUUUGUUACUCCUAAGAGAAAAUACAGCAGAAACUCAUCCUGUAGCUCAACUGAAGCGUCACCUGAAGAAAAACGAGCUAAAGAGGCCUCAUCUCCGUAGACGGGCCAACUUUAGCAAGUCUGAACCAGACAAACUUUACAUCGAUGGUAAAUAUAUUAAAUUCUGACUCUAAAAGAAUCCUUUGAGUUUGAGCUUUAUUCAUUAGUUUGCCGAACGGCGAUUACAAUAUUUUCUGGCGAAGUUAUAAGUUUCUUUUCUUCUCAAUAUUAUGUAUGAUUUUUAAUUAUUCGCUCUUUUGUAUCAAAACAACAUCAGAUAAGAUCAUCAUCCUUUUGUUAGAUUUUUGCUCCAUGGACACCUUUUAUUUUGAUUAUAUGUUUUUUUUUUUUUUUUUUUUGGGGAGGAGCUUUCUUCUGUGUAGGAUCUAGGUUGUUAGUAGAUGGAUAUUAAUCUGGAACACGAGGUAGGUGUAUUAUCGUGUUUUUCCCUCUUGUUCCAUUUUUGUGUAGUGUACGUAAAAGGCAAUAGAAUCUAUUAUUCUAAUAUAUAUGUACUGAUGAAAUUUUUUCGCGUUAAUUUCCUCUAAUUUGAGGAACGGUCUAUUCUUAUCUAAAUAUUGCAAAAACCAAGCGGAGCGCUCUUUAAUCAUAUCUCAUGUUUUCUGCUGCAAUCACAGUUUUACUGGUAUUUUACUACUACUGAAAUGUGCGCUAGCACGUGCAAAUUAGUUUCCUUAAAUGUAAGGGGCAUUGGAAAUUUUAAGAAAAGGAGAACGAUAUUUACUUGGUGUCGAAAGCAAAAAGCAGAUUUCAUCUUCUUACAAGAAACCCACUCAAAAAUGGACUCAGAGACGUGUUGGAGAAAUGAAUGGGGGAGUGACAUUAUUAUGGCCCACGGGACCUCCAAUUCACGCGGGGUGGCAAUUCUUGUUAAAAAGGAUGUUGAUUGCACAAUUCACUCAAAAGUGUUGGACCCCUCAGGACAAUAUGUUAUAAUAAAAGCAGAAUUUAAUGACAAAAUGUAUGUUCUAAUCAACAUCUACGCUCCGAAUAAAGAUUCGAAUAUUGUGAGCUUUUUCAACAAUCUACUUCUGAUUUUGCGAAAUAAUAAUUUUGAUGAAGAAGAAAACAUUAUUAUGGGAGGGGAUUUCAACUGCCCUCUUAAUCCACUUAUGGAUAAGAAAGGAGGCCAAUUGAGUCCAAGAAAAUCUGUUGUAUCAACCAUUAGCAACCUACUAGAAGAGUUUGAUCUCGUCGAUAUAUGGAGAGUUAAGAAUCCUCAGAAAAAGAGCUUUACAUGGAGUCAAAAUUUGCCUACGAUCUUUUGUCGUUUAGACUAUUGGCUGAUCUCAAAUUCUUUACAUGAUCUAGUUAAAGCAGCAGAUAUAUUCCCGGCAAUUAGAACAGACCAUGCAGCUAUUACUCUUGAACUUGUAUACAAAUCUGAUGACAUCAAAGGUCCAGGUAUCUGGAAAAUGAAUUGCUCCCUUUUAGAUGAUGAAGACUACGUUAUUGGCAUCACGGAGAGGAUACCUAUCUGGUUAGCUGAAGGUCGUAAGGACCUUUCGAACUGUCGAAGUAUUUGGGACUGGUUAAAAUACAACAUAAGAGCGCACACUAUACAGUAUUCCAAAAGAAAAGCUCGAGAAAGAAGUGAAAGAGAAAAGGAACUCCAAGAACAACUCGCUAAUGCAAAGUGUGCUUUCGAAACAGAUCCUAGUAUUUUGAAUGCAAAUCUUCUUAACUGUGCUAAAGAUAUGCUCGAAUUGUUUUAUGAAGAAAAGGUUAAAGGAAUAAUUAUUCGAGCGCGAGCCCGCUGGCACGAGCAUGGCGAAAAAAAGCACCAAAUACUUUUUAAACCUAGAAAAAAGAAAUCAUGUCAAAAACAUAUGAGAAAAUUAAAUAUCAACGGCUCGUCUACCACGGAUCCGUCAAAGAUCUUGUCCGAACAACAACGUUUUUAUCAAGAAUUGUACUCGAGUAAGAACAUGAAUAAUGAAAAUUUGCACGAAAUUAAAUCCUUUUUAAAAGAUUUAAACAUUCCUAAACUGUCAGAAGAACAAAAAUGUCUUGUGAAGGUGAAAUUACUCCAGAAGAAUGCGCACUUAUCUUGGAUAGUUUCCAAAACAAUAAAACUCCAGGGAACGAUGGAAUUCCCAUCGAAUUCUAUAAAAAUUUUGGCCUUUACUUUGUGAGCCUUUCAUUCUCUGUGCUAACGAAUGCUUCGAAAAAGGUGAAAUGUCGCGCUCUCAAAAGCAAGCAGUAAUUACGCUCAUCGAAAAGAAAGGAAAAGAUCGAUCCUUUCUGGAAAACUGGAGGCCGAUAUCUUUGGUAAAUGUGGAUGCGAAAAUUAUGGCUAAAGUUAUAGCUGCUAGAAUACAAAAUGUUCUACCAAGCAUCAUCCAUUACAAUCAAACUGGAUUUAUAAAAGACCGCUAUAUCGGCGAAACAGUACGAUCGAUUUUUGACAUAAUGAACUUCACUGUUGAAGAAAACAUUCCUGGUUUGUUGAUCUUUAUCGAUUUUCAGAAGGCUUUCGAUAGUUUAGAACGCAGCUUUUUACAAAGUUGUCUAGAAUCUUUUAAUUUUGGCCAGAGCUUUAUUAGAUGGGUUUCUUCUUUUUACAAAAAUAUACAAAGCUGUGUUAUCAACAAUGGCAUAAUCUCUGAUUACUUUACAGUCGAACGAGGAGUUAGGCAAGGUGAUCCUCUUUCUCCUUAUCUCUUUGUAGUAGCUGUUGAAACCUUGGCUAUCGCAAUAAGACAAAAUCCAAUGAUAAAAGGUAUUACUAUUGACAAGAAGGAAACAAAAUUACUUCAAUACGCAGAUGACACAACUGUGGUUCUGUCAGACAUCGACUCAGCCCAAACCCUUUUCAGGUUGUUAGACGAUUUUAAGAGGAUUUCAGGUUUAGCCGUUAAUCCCUCAAAAACUGAAGCAAUGUGGAUCGGAUCAUUAAAGGAAAAUAAAUCAAAACCUUUUGGUAUUAAAUGGCCAAAUGAACCAAUUAAAGCUCUCGGAGUCUAUUACACCUAUGAUCAAAAAUUACUACACGAGAAAAAUUUUAUAGAAAGACUAGACAGCGUGAAAAAAUUGGUACACAUAUGGUCUGCGCGAGGUCUUUCCCUUUAUGGAAAGGUUACUGUUAUCAAAUCGUUGAUUGUUCCAAAAUUUGUUUACGUGGCAUCAUUAUUAACAAUUCCAAAGUGGGCGGUUCAAGAAUUGAACAGAUUGAUAUUUAAAUUCCUAUGGAGAGGUGUUGACAAGGUCACACGUUUGUCAACAAUAAAUGACUACCAAAAAAGUGGCUUGAAAAUGAUUGACCUAGAAACGAUGGUCAAAUCUUUAAGACUUGCCUGGCUAAAGAGAAUCUUCAGCGAAAACGACAGCACAUGGAAGAAUUACUUGCGUUAUCAACUUAAAAGUUUCGGGGGCUCUUUCUAUUUCAUUGUAACUACGAUGUAAAAGACGUUCUAAUCAAAUCACCUUUUUACUCCGAGCUACUUCAAUGGUGGGCUGAUUUUCGUGAUGACUUUUCUACAGAUAAAAUGCGGUAUAAUAUUAUUUGGAAUAAUAAAGACAUUAGGAUAAAUAAUAAGCCAAUUUUUUACAAAACAUUUUUCGACAAUGGUUUUCUUCUGGUUUCCGAUCUUCGAUUUGAUUUAAGUAUUGCAGAGUCACAUAGUAUCAUUAUAAGAAAGAUUGAAAAACCAAUUUCUUAGUAUGGGCAGGUCUCAGAUAUGCUGUACCGUCCCACUUAAAAAGCUAAUCCUAGAACAUCUGAUCACACCUUUUUAACAAUGCCACCCUCCGUGAUAAUUAAGAAUAACGACUUUGAUAUUUUAAAGAAGAAAUCAAAAGAUUAUUAUUCAUUGCUCAUAAGUAAAAAGGCACAGCUUUCUAAAAAUACCUCAGCUUUAAAACGGGAUUUUAAUCUGACGGAAGAUCAGCUAGAAAAAGCAUUUCUUUUACCGCACAUCAUAUGUUCUGAAUUCUAUGUUAAGGCCUUUCAGUACAAGGUCCUUAACUCCAUAUUAUAUACUAACACUAAGUUAUAUAAAAUAGGAUAUAUUACCGAUGAUAAAUGCUCCUUUUGUAUGUAUAAACCGGAAACCCUUAUCCACCUUCUUUUUGACUGUGUAUAUGCAAAACUUUUCUGGAAGGAUUUUGAAUUAUAUUAUUACUCGUUGUCAAAUGAAUUGAUCAACCUUAGUCUACAGGAUGUGCUAUUAGGUAUAAUAGCCGUACAAUGCCCUUUACUGAACUACUUUCUACUAAUAGCCAAACUAUAUAUAUGGGAUUGCAGAAGAUCACAAACUCGUCCAAUUAUUGCAGGGUUUAAGUUAAGGAUUAAUAUUAAAUUCGAAACAGAAAAAUAUAUUUGUACCAAAAAUAGAACUUUAAGUGACUUUUAUAAAAAAUGGGCGAUAUUGUGCACCGCGUAACGCUUUAUUAUUAUUAGUAUUAUUAUUAUUACAGUCUAGGCCGUUCAGUUCUCUUUACUUAUCCUUCUAAAUAAAAAGAAAAACACUUAUACUUAAUCUAUAUAUAAUCCUCUUAUACUUUUCUGUUGCCACUGUGUUUAUAGUGUUAGUAUUGUAAAUUAUGUUAGUAAUCACUUUAGUUUAAGUUAUUAGUCGUCAAUAAUUGUAAUUGUAACUUUCUUUUCUUCUUUCUAUGUAAAAAAAGUAAUGAGUACGGUGUUGUAAGUAGUGUAAGCACUGUAAGUUGUGUUAAGUAACAUUUUGUAAGUAGUGCUUGUGUUGUAAAAAAAAAAAAAAUUAUUAUAAAAAAAAAAAAAAAAAAAAAAAAUUAACAAAAGGCUGUCCGAAAUCUCUAUAGAUGAAGAUUCCUUUAGCAAAGCGGCGCCUCUAUAUCAGAAAGCUCUCGAUGACAGCGGGUACAACCACAAACUUGCGCUCUCAGUUCCUACGGCACAGUCUCCGAACUCUGGAAGAAGGAACCGCCAUAGAGACAUCAUUUGGUACAACCCCCCUUUCAGCAGGAACGUGGCUACUAACGUUGGACGAUCCUUCCUAAAGAUCGUCGACGAAGAAUUCCCGAAGGGCCAUGCGCUGCAUAAAAUCUUCAACCGGAACACAGUUAAGAUCAGUCACAGCUGCAUGCCGAAUCUAAAGCAAAACAUUGAUGACCACAGCAAAUCCACCCUACGGAAAACAAACGCCGUACCACCUAAAGCUUGCAACUGCCGUCAACCAGCUCAUUGCCCUCUGGACAGUAAUUGCUUAAAAUCAGCCGUGAUCUACCAAGCCACAGUGGCAACGGAGGACGACAGGCCAGCCGAGACCUAUGUAGGCCUUACUGAGAACUAUUUUAAGAGCAGAUAUUCGAGCCAUAAGUCUUCUUUCAGAGACCCAAACAAGAGACUCAGUAAGCACAUCUGGCACUUGAAAGACGCUAAGAUUGGAUUUAGCUUAACUUAGAAGAUCUUAAAGCAAGCCACACCUUUCAAUCCCGCUUCAAAUCGCUGUAAUUUGUGCCUGUGGGAAAAAUAUUGCAUCAUUUGCAGAGCCGAUCUGGCGAGCUUGAGCAAGCGAAAUGAACUUGUAACUUCCAGCAGGCACGCGCGUAAAUUCCUUCUUUGCAGCUUUACAUCUUCCGUUGGCACGCAAUAGUUUUUUUUAUUCAAAUUCUGCGAGCGCGUUUGUAGGCUUAGCGUAUGUUGUAACGAACGUUUUGUCGGCAAUUUUAUCUGAGGAGUGCCGUACAUACCGUGCGGUACGAAACUAAGUAGUAAUAAAAAUGCCAAGUCGGAUCUCACGUUGACACCAGACAAACUAGAUUAUACUACGCUCUAGUCCUUCUGUUGAGCACUCUGCCGAUAGGCGUGCAUACGUAUCAACUGGUAAAACUAAUUAUAUCUAUAGCCCUUGCAAAUUUCAAAAACAAUGCGAUAUUGUUAAAUUAUUCUGGUAGAAGGUUUCUGUUAGUCUGCUACACAGCUGUUUUUAGUGUCCUCACGCAACUGUCCUCCCCACAAAGAAAGGAAUUUGGUUCGAUAUCCAGCAAACGUUUGUUGGGAGGAUCGAUGGAUUCCGUCUUAAAGUUUUUCCAGGGAAUCCCGCAGAUGGGAGCUAGCCCUAAUGAUCAGCUUGAUCAGCUGUGCAAUUUAAAUUUCAUUCUGUUGUUGUUGUUGAUGUUGUAGUUGUUUUACUCCUACUGUAAAUUUUCAGGAGUAGAACCCUGGUACAAUUCACAGAUAAUUAGGGAUUAUAGUCAAACCUCCAUAAGCUUCUACCCUUGAGGAAGAGAUUACUGGCUUCAUAAUAAAAGCUGUCCGCAUUUUGUAACUGGUUGCUUUAUAGGAGGACACUAAGGGGCUGGUCGUUUAUUACCUGCAAAGGGGAGGGAUGGUCAUGCGGCCAUAUUGCUGCUGAGUCAUUUUCAAAUUUGAUUGGUUUGGAAGGAGGGGGGGUGUCAUUUUCCGAUAACAGAUAAUUAAACGGGGGGGGUUAUUAUAAUAAGUUUCAUGCAAAUAGGUCAAAUCAGUAAUUAAUAAAAAUUGAAAUUGAAUGUUACAGCCAGCCUGUAAAUAGUUAAACCGGUUCAUAAAAGAUGGCUGCAGAUAAAGUAUGUGUUGGGGUGAUGAAUUUCGGCACGAUUUGUAGCUGGAAUAUUCUUAGUUUCCACAGCAGUCGGGCACUCAAGAACGUUCAACUGUAUUCUUAAUUCCAACAGUUUUCUUGCUAUUGUUAUUGAUCAUAAUUAUUAAUUUUGGUGUUUUGUUUUUUCCAGGCUCCUUUUGCACCUGCAGCAGCCAAGAAAGGUGUCCCUGUGCUACCAGUCAACUUAGAUGAAUUUAAAGAAUCACCAAGUGAGUAUUCUUACCGUCAGCGGCGAAACUGAUGCCAAAGCUCUAGCUAAUAUUACUAUAUUAUUAUAACUUUGUCGGGCAUGGUGGCGUAUUUUGCGGGCUAAAAUAUAUUUAAGCCCAGUUAAAUAAACGGAGGGGAUCAAAUAGUUAUUCGAUAAUUACAAGCAGCCAGUCACAAUCGAGAACCCUUUGCAAUGUUCGCGCCACCUUUUUCUUGCAUCGUUUGUCAAAGAAAUCACGCUGCCAUUUUCAAAAAUCAAACGGUGGCUAAAAACACAAUAAAAACAACCAACAAUUUUUCUUUAUCACCUCGGCUAGAGAAAGAAGAUCUACAAAAGUUAGAGAACCUUUUUACGUAAAUAACGCCUGCAGUAGCUCCAUAGUCGACGAAGUGCAUGUAACUUUUGCAGCUUCAAACCAAAUGCACUCAGUUCAACCAAUUCUGAGAAUGUACAUGUGAUGAUAUUUUUAACGAGUGUAACUGCGUGCGGCUCGGCGGACUAGGACAAAACACUGACCCCCUACUGAACUUUAUUAAAUGAUACAAAUGGACGAUAUAAUCUAACGUCUAAAAUAAUACACUCACCUUUAAAUUUACCACUUGUUUAUGAAAUAAGAAAACUGACAAUUGUGGUAAAAUGGGUUUGAACGAUAGCUCGAAGCAGAUCGACCAUCUUCCGCCAUUUUGGAAUUGAAAGGUGGGUGUAUUAAUCUGGAACUUAGAUUAUGUCGUCCUUUUGUGUCAUUAUGUUUACCGUAUUUAUUCGACUAAGCGCCCAACAUUUAAUUAGCGCCCAGCCGAUUAAGUGUCCAUAUUUAAGGCAGAAAAUAGGGCGGAUAAAGGUUGGACGAUGAAAGGAGCGCGUCCGAGCAAAGAGGUGUGGUGUAGUGGAAUAGGGUGAAAUUAUAGACUGCAGAUCAAAGAGACAGAAACGAGGGCUAUUUGGGAAUAUCAGGGGUUUCGUUAAUCGUUUGUCUCACUAUUGUCACGUAGAUAUUGAUCGCGACGUUUAGACCGCGUACUGCAAGUCUUCAUCAGUUUUUUCCAACUCUUCAAUAACUGAAGAAAAUUAGGACGAACGAAGCACCUGCUACCUUUUUUGGAAUUGAUCUGGCCAUUCAAACGAACAGUUAAAGCGAUAACAAUUGGUCUCAAUUUUAUCAGAGUCGGAGCUGUAAAACUUGUGGCUGAAGACUGGACAUUGAACUGGGAAUAAUUAAAGACUACAAGUUGGUAUGUACAUGUGUCGGAGAACAACUCACUGUAAAUUUUCUUUACUAAAGUUUUUCUAUCCUGCUGAAAACAAUUUAAGCUUACUUAUAUAGAAAAAGCGAAAACUUAUGCGCACAAAAACGUGACAUAAAUGCAUUACUCCUAAAAACAACUUCGGCGAGUUCCACUCAUACCUUAGCUUUUCAAAAAUACAUCAAAGACUUCCAAUGUUUGCAAAAUAGAUUUAAGGUUAUCAUAAGGUGACAGUUAUCGUCGCCUAAACGAGUUUCUCGGAUUUCGCCAGCAAAACGUGAACAUCGUAACUAAAAUCCAAACCAUCCUUUUGGACUUCGUACGAACAUUUGCAUAAGAGUGAACCCAUUACGUACAUGUGAGCUUGAAUCUCUCUGCUCUUUGUCCCCAGUGAUUGUCAACGAAUAAAUAAACAAAUUUCACUGUCACUUCUCCCUCAAACCAUGCUCUUGACGAAUGUGGCCGUUUAGUAACCAACCAAUAAUUAUCAAUUAUUGGACGAGGUUGAGCAAAAUAUCGUGAUUUGUCAGUGGCGAUCAGAUCAACCAAUAAUUGAUCUGUGAGACACUGAAGAAUCACGAUGUUUUUGUGAUAAUCGAGUUUAAUAAUUGUUUUACUAUCUUUCAAAAAGGAGUAUCUUCGGGAAGCGAAGCGAUCUGUCAUUUUCACAAGACCGAUCGCAAGAAGGAAAAAAGCGUGGUCUCUAUUUGCAGCCAAACAAAGUUGGAUGACCUUGCGCAAGAGCAGACCAUUAUUUGUAGACAGGUAUUUGCAGGUCACGUGGUGGGCUCUCGGCUAAUGAAAAGGAAGAAAAAUUUGCAACGAGUGAUAAAAGCGUUUGCUUUUAUUUGCCGCACGUUAUAAGAAUUUAGCAGUUAAUCACAUCUCCACCUUUUUUUGUCAAACUUUGUUUUUUGGAUAGUAUUUAGCUGUUUGUAUAACGAGUUCAUAUGAAUGUGCGCUGGAACUUUAGAGAAUGAUUGGCUCCGCAUUUGUACCGUUUAUCUUGUUUGUUUAAUUAGAGGAAAACUCUACCAUGUUUUAAAACUUUGCUAACACUACAGUUGCCGAUUUUGUGACGCAUUGUGAAUCGCCAUGGCGCGUUGCACCCCCUCUGAGGUAACGUUUUAGGUAGUACAACGCCACUAUAUCCAAAUAUAUCCAGCUAAUUUUUUGUUAUAUAUAUGUUCUGUAAAAUUUAUCCCCUUUGACAUAUGUAAAAAUUACGGCUGAGUAGUGUUAAGCUUUUACAAACGAAACGUCGAGAGACGAUUAGUCACAUUUAGCGGCCGGGGGAGGCAUUCAACAUCUCCAGUAGACUACAGGAGCCCAUCAUCAAUAAGCGCCCAUCCUCAAAUGAGCACCCACGCAGGGCGGUUAAUCGAAUAAAUACGGUGAUUUAUAGUUUCCUAGGGGUUCAGUAGGGGGUCAGUGUUUUAUCCUAGCCUAGGCUCGGCGGCGAUCACAACACCGUGCAGGUAGUGACAAUGCUCAAAGGUAUGUAUAGCCGUGGUAAAACUUAAAAAAAAAAGCAUCUUUACGUUGGUCCUAUUGAUUUCUUAUCACAAACGACACAAGCAAACAUUUUUGUGGGAGGAUAUAGAAACUAUAAUGUCGCACAUCAACUUGGUACUUUAUUUACACACUCACUGUUUUUGUAUAGGAAAUGUUACUCGAUUAAUCGUGCGAUUUCUGAAUCAUCUACUCGUGCAUAAAUACCGUGUACUUUCAAUGAAAUAUUUCUUAGAUAUUACUUUGUUUAUUCCAACGUAAAGGGGGAUUUUUUUAUUCUUAUGCCCACCAUAGUUCCUACUAUCUUGAAAAGGUCUUGAAUUUUACUAGUCGUCUGGAAAAGUCCUUCCUUGAAUUCGUUAGGUCCCUGAAAAGUACUUGAUUUCUUUACUGGGUUUUGAAAAGUCCUUGAAAUUCACAAUCUUAUGUACACCAGACACCUUCUUGUGAGAGGUCAACCUGAGAGCAGAGGUUUCUCUCUUGCAUUACUUUUAGCGUGGUUCCCCGUAACCAAACUAACCACGCGACAGACAAGCCACGCGAACGACUUCUCAAACGCUAAAAGCCAUGCGAGAGAUCGAGAAACCUUUGCUAACAGGGUAGUCAAGCGUCUAAAGCUUCCUUUGUUAGAAUUGUCACGUGAGACCCGCCAUAUCAAGGUGUUCUGAUGGAAGAAUGCAAAAAUCUUGUAAUAUUUCUUUACACACAAUAGGCUUCAUCGUGUUUACUCGUUUAAACGAUCAAUAAACGCUGCUGUCUUUGAAUAAACGUCGCACACAAUCAGAAGAAUGCGGCGUUCACUCAAGAAUCCCGCAAGAUAAAACUCGUGGUACUACUGAUAAUCUACACCAUCCAGACUUGCGAUUCGAAAAAUGCUACACAUUGGAACUUUUCUGUUCGCUCAUGUUACUAAGGUGAUUUUAAUUGGCUUUGUUUCCUUUUUGAUUUUCUUUUCAGAAAAAAUGCAAGAUCUACGCGAAGGAGACUUGCAAAAGCGAGCCUCAGAAUUGGAAAGACAGUUAAGAGAUUCUCAGCAACGUGAAGAAAAUUCCCAGAGGCAGUUAAGAGAGAUGGCGCAGCGAGAAGGGAAUUUAGCAAGGCAGCUUAGAGAGCUUCAGAAACGGGAACAAAACUCUCAAAGGCUGCUAACUGGGCUGCGGCAACGCGAAGGAAACUCCCAGAGGCAGUUAAGAGAGGUACAAGAACGCGAAGAGGAUUUGCUCAAGCAGUUAAGAGAGCUUCAAGAACGGGAACAAAACACUCAAAGGCAGUUGAGGGAGAUACAGCGGCAGCUGAGUGAGUUAAGAAAAACAGACGAAAAUUCACAAAUGCAAUUAAGGGAGACACGACAGCAGUUGACCAAUUGCCAUGGACAAGUUUCUGAACUACAAUCAAGUCUCUUGACAGCUCAGCAAACAAUAAAUCAAUUACGCAGCCAGGAAACUCGUGACUGGGUUAUUCCCCGCGACGAAAUUCAAAUCACAGAUAAAUGCCUAGGGAGGGGAGGAUGGGGAAGUGUCAAUGAGGGAACGUAUUGUGGCUGUACUGUAGCAGUGAAAGAAAUCCACGAGUUGAUUCUUUCCGCUCAUAACGUACGUCGUUUUGAGAGAGAAAUAAAUAUUGCAUCCAAGUGUCGCCAUCCUCACUUGCUACAGUUUAUCGGCGCCACAGUUGACGAGGGAAGUCCUCUUUUUGUGACCGAGUUGAUGGAGACAAGUCUGCGAGCUCUGUUAGAGCAGCGGCAACUCGCCGAAAUAGAAAUACGCACCAUUUCUUUGGAUGUAGCCCGCGCACUGAACUAUCUUCACCAGAAGAAACCAGAACCCAUCAUUCACCGGGAUGUCAGCAGUGCCAAUGUGUUGCUAUGGCGACAGGGUGACCAAUGGAGGGCCAAAGUGUCAGAUUAUGGCACUGCUAAUUUCAUGCAGCAGACCAUGACAGUGGCUCCUGGAGCUAUGAUUUACAGCGCACCUGAAGCGUUUACACCAAACCAAACAGUCAAGGUUAGUUUCAGUGAAUAUUCAAGAUUGUUUACUUAAUAUAAAUGUAAAGCAAAGCUAACAGUAGUAGGAGUAAUUAGUAACACUAGUCCUUUCCCAAUCUCGCCGUCCGUACAAAGAGAUUAUGUCUUAGCUAAGAGCAUUUAUUUAAAUCAUAUUUUUCAAACAACGAAAAUACAUACAUACAAGGGAAAAAAACAGAAAGGUACCCUGAAAGGAGAUAAAAACAGAAGAGAAGCCCCAACAGACAAACCCAAAAAUGUCUAGAACUAAAAGACAAAGUAUCCACUAAACUCUGACCAGAAAAAAAGCAUGACUAAAGGAGAUUAUUUUUGUUAAUUUUUUUAUUUUAAUAUCAGAGCAUAAGUUUUAUCGGCCAUGGCUUCCGCUAUCUGUUUUAGACCUUGGCCGCUUACUUGAGUUUAGGCGGUGUUCGCAACUGAAAUUUUAUAUUCUGUUAGAUUGUUCGGACGCGUGGGAACUAGGCCCUAAGUUAGUCUUCAGGGGCUCGGACCCCCCUUUAGUUUUUUCGACAUGUGUUUUUUCGCUUGCGUUGUAAAUUCUUGUAGUUUGUUCAUCAUGUUUAUGUUUCGUAAAUACAGCUGAUUUAUGCAAGAAAUCGUUUUAUUCAUGGUCCUUCAGUAGCCGGAUCUACAGUGUCGGCGAGUAUUUGAAGAUACCAGCGGAGAAUUGAGAAUUGGACCUCCGUUUGUGGUGAAGAAUUUGGUCAAGUUGGUCUUGGCAGUGCAGCGAUUGGCGCCAUUAUCUCUUGUGAACUUUGCUGAAAUUUUGGAGUGUUUUAAGGAACGAAACUGUCAUUCAAGGUUAGUGGAGAUUGUGUCAAGGUUAGUGGAGAUUGAAGUCUAUCGACGAAGCUCUGUCAAUCCCCGAUAACCAUGCUAAAAUUCAGGUUUUGAAAGAUGACAUUGCAAAUAAAUGGAACUAUCUUCAACAAGUUUAGGCCUCAAUGUGUACUCUAUUGGAAGAGAAAGAGAUUGACGAAGAAUGUGAGAGUCAUAACGAGUACGAACUGCGUGUCAUUGAAUACAUGGCGAAAAUGAUGCAUUACUUAGAAAGUAAACAUGUCGGUAAGGAAAGCGCAGGAAGUAAUUCAACUGCAGCCCAAGCGCCGUUGUCGUUAGGCCCCAAGGUACAAGUGAAGCUUCCAAAGAUUGAUCUGCCAACAUUUGAUGGGGAUGUUUUAAGCUGGCAGUCUUAUUAUCAGUCAAUUAAAAUCUCAGUGGUGGAUAAUCCAUCUUAAGCUGAUGUUCAGAAAUUAGAAUACCUAAUGAGAUCAUUGAAAGGUUCAGCUGCCGAAGCGGUUAAAGGGUUUGGAGUCAUACAAGAGAAUUAUCAGCCAGUAUUAGAGUCUCUGAAGGAACGAUUUGGCCAUCCGAGGUUGAUUCUUGAUGCACACAGAAGGUCCCUAAUUCAUUUGCCACAGUUGAAUUCUGAAGAUGCUUUGUCCAUGCGUAAAUUUUAUGACCAAGUAGUUGGUCAUGUUCGUUCUGUUGAAUCAAUGGGAGAGAAGUUCCGUUCCGAGACCUUAGCGCCUGUUCUCGUGCCUUUAAUUGUUGACAAGUUACCAAAAAAGGUUGUGGAGAAGUGGGAAUUAGACAUUGGUGACCAUAAAGAGGACUAUGUGAAAGUGAAAACAUUGUUUGCCUUCUUAGAGCAGUUAAUGAGAGCUAAGGAGUCCUCCCAGCCUCCCUCUCUUCAAUCGAAGUCCCCUGUACAGGAAAACAGUUGGAAUCAUGGAGCCCAUUCCAAGUCUAACCCUUCACGAAAGUACUCUACCUCUGCCUUGUGCACGACAACUCAAGGGCGUGCGUGCAUCAUUUGUGGUAGAAACCAUUGGGUGUGGUCGUGCGUCAGUUUCCUGUCAUUGCCAGUCAAAGAAAGAUUUAGAAAAGCGGUAUCCAAAGGCCUGUGUUUUCGGUGCCUUGAAUCUGGUCACAGAGCUGAAGUUUGUCAAAAACCACUCUGUAAAUACUGCCGUGGUAAACAUCACAGUCUCCUGCACUUGGAACCAGUCAAGUCUCAGCCAGAAGAAGCCAAUUAAAAGUCUUCUGAGCCACCAUCCUCAUCUGCAACUCCUCCCUCGUCGUCUUCCAUAGUAGCAAGUUCCAUUGCGGUUAAUUCAGGUGGGAAGGUGAUCCUUCAGACUGUUCCUGCUGUCCUUUGUGGAUCCAAUGGUUGCAAACAGGUUGUCAGAUGUUUCUUUGAUCCCGGCUCCCAAACGUCCUUUGUCCAACAGAGUGUGGCUGAAGAGCUUGGUCUUGAUGGGGAGACCGUGAGAAUCGCAGUCUCGGGUUUUGGAAGAAAAUCUGCUUGGGACACUUUGCGAAAGAGAAUUUCCUUUACGCAAGCACCGGUCAGCAAUCCUGGAAAGCCGCAAGGUGUUGAGGCACUAACAGCUCCAGUUAUAUGCCGUCCAGCUGAUGCUGUGGAUGUUUAUCCUACCAAGUGGCCUCAUCUUCAAGAUAUAAAGUUUCCAGAGAAAUUCCCCCGAAACGAACAAGAGAUUGAUGUCCUCAUUGGCUUGGAUUUCUAUUAUUCCUUUGUAUCCAGAGAUGUUGUGAGGGGUGGUCCUAAUGAACCAGUGGCACUUCGUACAUCCUUAGGUUGGGUCUUCUGUGGACCAACGGGUGGUCAUGGCCAAGAUUGCACUGCGUCUAUGAGUGUUCAAGUUUGUGCUAACCAAGAACUAAAUGAUACACUUCAGAAGUUCUGGAACUUGGAGUCCAUUGGUAUUACACCUGUUGAAAUGUCAGUUUCCACCAGCCAAAGUGAAAGUACAGCCUUAAAGAAGUUUAAAGAGACAUUAGCAUACAACAAUGGUCGGUAUGAAGUCUCAUUACCAUGGAAAGAUGAGCAAGUUGUACUGAAAGAUAAUUACAAGCAAGCAAGAAGUAGGCUGUAUAAUCUGGAGAAGAAUCUGCUCCAAGAUUCAUCCAAAGCCAAGUCCUACCAAGAGGCCAUUAAUAAGCAUGUGGAGGACGGAGUAGCAGAAGAAGUACCCUAUGAGCAGUAUGCACCAGCAGAUGGGUGUCCUGUGUUUUACCUUCCACAUCAUGCUGUUAUCCGAGCUGAUAAGCAAACAACUAAGACGAGGGUUGUAUUCGAUGCAUCUGCGAGAGAUUUAAAUGGUGUGUCUCUAAAUAACUGCUUAGAAGCAGGCCCUGCAUUGCGCCCUGAUUUGGGUGGAAUUCUUCUGCGCUUCAGAAAGAAUCAGGUGGGGGUCAUGGGUGAUGUUGAAAAGAUGUUCUUGCAGAUUGGCUUGAAAGAAGAAGAUAGGGAUUCACAUCGUUUCCUGUGGAGAGAUUUGGACUCUGAUGCCUCACCUAAGAUUUAUCGAAUGACAAGAGUUACGUUUGGAGUUAUUUCUAGUCCAUUCCUUGCCAUCUGCACUACUCAAGAGCACGCAAGGAGAUGUAAAGAAACAUUCCCUGAAGCAUCCGAUGAAAUCCUGAGGAACACUUAUGUUGACGACUUUGCCUCAGGGAAAGAUACUGUACGUGAAGCCGUGAGGUUACAACAAAGUUCAAAACAGCUUAUGGAGCAAGCAGCUUUCAAUCUGACAAAAUGGUCCAGCAAUUCGCCUGAGGUUAUGCAAGCCAUUCUUGAGAAAGAUAGAGCAUCAGAUAGUUUGAUCAGAUUGGAGAGUGCACUACCGGGAAUGCAUCCAGUUACGAAAGCUUUAGGUCUGAAGUGGAAUACGAGAACAGACAGCCUUGUCUUUAUGAUUGAAUUGGACUCUCUGAAAUUGAAAUCAGAGACAUUGUACACUAAGAGAGAACUAGCUUCUUUAGCAGCAAAGAUCUUCGAUCCGAUCGGUCUCAUCUCGCCUUUUACAGUAAGGUCAAAACUUUUGCUUCAGAGUCUGUGGACCCAGGGUGUUGGUUGGGAUGAUGAGUUACCUGAAGAAACCUCUAGGAAGUGGGUUUAGUGGGUUCAAGAGCUUUCAGAGCUUGAACAGCUUCACAUUCCAAGAAGUUAGAUUGAUUGGCCUUUAAGCCAGCGUGCAAAGGUGGAGUUAAACGCAUUUGGUGAUGCAUCAGAAGUUGCGUAUGCCACCGCCAUCUAUGUCAGAGUUGUUCCUAAAGAAGGGAAGGCGUCUACAAGCCUUGUGAUGUCUAAGACAAGAGUUGCUCUUGUGCGAAAAAUUAGUCUCCCUCGCUUGGAGCUAAUGGCUGCAGUGAUAACUGCUCGACUGUGUAUCUAUGUUAAAGAUGCAAUUGACUGUCCUAUUAGCCGCAUUGUCUGUUGGACGGACAAUUCUUCCACCUUACACUGGAUCAGAGGAUCGCCUCACACUGGAAACCAUUUGUUGCUAACCGUGUCAUGGAGAUUCAGUCGGUGUUGGAUCCUAGUGUUUGGAGAUAUUGCCCAGGGUCGCAUAAUCCAGCAGAUCUACCUAGCCGAGGCUUAUCUGUCAGCCAGCUUAGAGAGAGUCAGUUGUGGUGGAAGGGGCCCUCUUGGUUGCAAGAGUUACAUAAGGAUUGGCCUGAGGAUUUAAGAUCCAAGUCUCCAAAUGAAGCAGUACAAGUGGAGAGGAAGAGUAAAACUAUUGGCAGCUGUGUUGUCCAAACUAGAGAACCGUUUAUUGACUACGCCAGGUUCAGCAAGUACAGUCGAUUGUUAAGAACUGUUGCAUGGAUCAGAAGACUCAUUCGCAACUCGAAGUUGAAAGAAGAAGAGAGACUUUCAACUCCUUUAACUGGACUAGAGAUACGAGAGGCAGAAGAAUAGUUCAUAGCCCAUGUACAGAAAACAAGUUUUGACGAAGUAGCUUCGUUGGCUACACAUGGUGGUCCCUUGAAGGACAGUAAGCUAGCAAAUUUAAAUCCAUUUCUGUGCCCUACUAGUGGGUUACUGCGCGUUGGAGGAAGAAUUCAUAAGUCUUCGUUACCGGAAGAGGAGAAGCAUCCCAUUAUCUUCCCUUCCAACCAUCCUCCUGCUGUGUAGCUCCUUAUUGAAGAUGUUCACUGCCGUGAACUCCAUGCUGGCGUUGAGUGUACUUUAUCAGUCCUACGACAGAAAUUUUGGUUGAUCAAAGGAAGAUCCGCCAGACAGUAAGAACUGCCUAGUUUGUCGCCAUUACCAUACAAAGCCGUUUAUGCAGAAGAUGGCACCACUUCCUGAAGACAGGUUCAAACCUGCACCGCCAUUUACUAAUGUUGGUUUGGACUUUGCUGGUCCAUUGUUUUUAAAAGACAGUGGCGAAAAGGCUUACAUCUGUCUAUUUACCUGUGUAGUUACCCGUGCAAUACACUUAGAGUUAGUGAGCAACAUGACUGCGGAGCGCUUUCUCCUUGCCUUAAGACGAAUGGUGGUAAGAAGAGGAAUGUGCAGUAUUAUUUGGUCAGAUAAUGCCAAAACAUUCACGAGUGCUAAUAAACAUUUGCAGCAAUGCUGGAGAGUACUUGAAGCUGACAAAACUCAAGUCGCAUUGUCUGAAAGGAAGAUUCAGUGGAAGCAUAUCGUGGAGAGAUCCCCAUGGUGGGGUGGGUUUUAUGAACGUCUUGUGAAGAGUGUAAAGACACCUCUGAAGAAAAUCUUUGCCAAAGCAAUGUUGAAUGCUGAACAGCUGACCACCAUUUUAGCUGAAAUUGAGGCACAGCUGAACAGUCGUCCUCUUACUUACCUUAGUGCAGACCCUGGGGACUAGAGCGUGAUUACUCCUGCUCAGAUUCUCAUUGGGAGAAAUCUUCAAGCGUCUCCAGCUAAGGACACCCGUGUUUCGGAACACACCUCUAAAGCCAUCACUAAACGUUUUCAGUAUCAUCAAAAACUUGUCAAUGGAUUUUGGAAGCGUUGGCAUGCUGAGUACCUGAGAUCUUUGAUAGCCCUCAAGAAAUGGUUUACAGUUGGUGGCGAGAUACAUAAAGGUGACUUGGUCCUUGUUAGCGAAGAUAACUUAGCUCGAGGUCAGUGGCAACGUACGCGCGUGGAAGCCACCCAUCCUGGUCGUGAUGGUCUUAUCCGAUCAGUUACCUUGCGAUUGGCAUCUGGAAGUGUUACCCGUCGUCCAGUGCAGCGGCUACACCUUUUUGAAGCCUGUGAUGCUGAUCUAGCUGCUGAACUUGAUUGAACUGACAAAGGAACGUUGACAAAUAUUGAGCUUGAUGUGAACAUUAUUGAUCAAUUUGAAGAUGCACUCCCUGCAUCGGGCGGGAGGAUGUUCGGAACUGAAAUUUUAUAUUCUGUUAGAUUGUUCGGACGCGUGGGAAGUAGGCCGUAAGUUAGUCUUCAGGGGCUCGGAUCCCCCUUUAGGUUUUUCGAUAUGUGUUUUUUCGCUUGCGUUGUAAAUUCUUGUAGUUUGUUCAUCGUGUUUAUGUUUCGUAAAUACAGCUGAUUUAUGCAAGAAAUCGUUUUAUUCAGGCGGAAAGCGGCCGUGUUUUUUUAAGUAGUUGUUUGGUUGCUGGGCUAAAUAAAUUCGGCUGUCUCUCAGUAAAUUUAGUAACAGGAGUUGCAGGGACGUAAUACUGACUAAAUACCCUUAUGGGGGACCAGUAUGACAUCCAUCCAUGGCAAUAUUUUCGUUCCCGUUCUUUCCGUUCUCUCAGCUCCUUAGUGAGCGCUAGAUUUCCCCCCUCCCUUUCAAACUCCUUCCACGUCGCACAGGCGAUUCAGAACUAGAAGGAAAGAACUUUCAAGAAAUGUUCAUGAUAUUUUAUGAUCUAAAGAUUCCAACGUCGCAUUUCAUUCAUGAGAGCAGGCUACGCCAUUGACCUUAUUUAUCGAUAUGAAAUUUUUAAGAAAAACUCCUGAGUCUUGGCAAUAACGAUUGUUGCGGUCAACAAUUCCUGUCCGCCCCCCAAACAAUAGAACAUUCUUUUAGUACUGAAAUGAGAAUUUCUUUGUCAGGAGUCUUCGUACAUUGUUUUGGCCUUUUUUCACUAAUGCAUUUGAUCUACGUAUUUGGAUUCUUUAACGUUUUUGUUUACGCUUUCUUCCCUCUAAAGGCAACAGUUACAGGUUUCCAAAAGUUGGUCUUUUCAGAAACAAAACAUUGAACCCGAAAACGUACCAUUAAGCCAAGCCUCAGCUAUUUUUUAAUCCAUUUGUCGAUAAGCAUUAAAUUUAUUCUCAAGGUUCCGCUUCUGGUGUUACCUCAACUCUUUUUGUAAUGUUACAACGUGCAAAUAAUUUAAUAAUAUUCCUGGCAUAAAGUUAUCUACUAUACUUUUUGUCAGGUUGAUGUUUAUAGCUUUGGUGUUCUUCUUUGUGAAAUGUGCAUCCGGGAACUGCCAGAUCCUACAUAACAGGUCUAAAGAUUCUAGUGUCGAAAGAAAAUCUUUCCAAAGAGCAGCUGCCAUAUAUGGGAUUUUUAUGUCUGCUUUGUUUUUUAGUUUUGACGCCUGACUUUCAGAGAUUUUCAUUGCUUGCAUAUCGUGGGUUGUAACCAUGUGCACAUCUAGCAUAUCUGAACAUGUUUACAAAGGUGCUAGGUACAGUAACAUGCAUUCCACGGUGCCAUAAAUAAGUGCAUAAACUUUUAGACAUGCAAGCAGUAAACAUUAUGUACUGAUAGGAUAUCCAGUUAGUUUCUUUCCGAUAUAGGGUGGCAAAGAAAAUCAUUCGGGUCAUCUGGUUUUGAGUAGUUAGGUAUUUUGUAGUAUUUUUUAUUACAAUUAACCCCCUUAGAUUUAAGCCUGGAUUUUUUUCAGGCUUCCUUUUCGCAACUGCAAAAGUUGCGUAUAUAACCUCGAUGAUCUUCAUUCAUAUAAUUACAAUUAAGUUUAUAAGUAAUUGUGUAUUAGUUGUAGGGAAUACAAUUUACAUGAUAGUUAGGUACGUACAAUUAAACUCACAAUGUACCAAGUAGUAAGGUAUUUGUAGUGAAGAAUACAAUUUGCAUCAGUAGUUAGCAAUUUAAUUUGUAGUUAAACCUGAUUAUAAUUAAAUAAUGGAUAGGCACAGUACGUAAAGGUGAUGGUAAGUACUUUACAUUUCGCGAAAUUCUUGUUUUGUAUUGAAAUAAAUUGUCCGCUUAAUCAUGGAUAGUGUCAUGGAAAUUUCAGAUCUUUUUCUCUAGAAAAUGGAAAACUCGAGCGGCAACCGACGCCUCGAUAACUCAGUACAACUGGGUUUUUUUCCCAUUCCAGACUUUUUCUAAACAGACUUCUGGAGUAGUUUUCACAACUGAAAGCCCUAAAACCAAAUCCAAAGUGUCCGUUUUUUUGUUUUUGUCAAGUUUCAGUGUAAGGAAGAUAAAAACGAAAAAAAGCCUAUCUUUCGUCCCUUCAAAUAAAUCUUCAGGGGAACUGAUAUCAGAAGUAAAUACUGAAAAAGGAAGCAUUGUGUGUUGUCCAAAUUUAUAACAUUUUACUUGCUCCAUUUUUACCUGAUCUUUUCUUUACUCCUCGGAGGAGUUGCAGUCGGAAACGUCAAUCAUUUAGUUCCAAUUACAACGGUUUGUUAACUUUAUAAGUUUUGCAAACGGAUGGAACUGAAUCGAGAUUUUAUACCCAGAAGGACAUCAUUUAAAGGUAUAAAGGUCAGUUUUCUUUAAUAAUUUUACAAUGAAGUUUUUUUUUCUACUAUAACGGUCAAGAGUCGUUUUAAAUGGAUCGGCAGAUCGACGGGCUUUAUAAGUGCGAAAACGCUGGUAAGUGAAAUUGACUUUUUUUGUGUAUUUUGCGUAAUUCUGCUCUAAUGGCAACCAACAAAUAUUCAAAUUAUUAAAAAAAAAUUAAUACCUGGCGUGAAACAUACGAGGUUCUUAUCAUUGUAGACAACAUAAGCAAGAAAAAGCACGUUUUGAAAGACAAAGGAAAAUGACUUGAAAUAACUAGGGGCGAGGGGAUGUAUGGUUAUCGCCUCGUGGCAGAGUAAACUUGUAGUUUGUGGCAUCAAUCAAGGUGUUCAGAAUUGAACGCCAAUAUUUUGUGCUUCGAGGCUAAAAAUAAAAAGAAUGUGUGACAAUGGUAAGGGGUCAAAUCUAACUAUACCGUGACUGGUCUCCUUUAGAUGUUCAACAAGCAGAUCCCCUUCAGUUUCGCAUGACAGUCCACUGAAAGCCUUCACUUUCCCAGUUGGGUGAGUUGGACACGUGGCUUUCUUAUCAUUGAUCAGUUUGUCUUGCUAAGGGAUGCAUUUUACUUUUAAUGGUCAACUUAAAGGGGUAAAGUUUUUCUGGAGGGUUUUUUCUUCUAUUUCUUCUUUCUUUGCAUGAAUUUUUCAGGCAAUUCAGCCUGUAUAAAAUGUUUUUGUUUUUUUUUUUUCAAUCCCUCUCUAUCCUUCCCUGACACAGCAAGCAUCAGACGAGGAUAUUGAGCCGGUACUUUUUGUUUCGCUUGCACUGUAGACCAUUUUCACCGCGACUUAAGCGAAAUGACCAAACUACAAAAGAGAAUACCUGCAAAAGUAAACCUGGUCUGACAGGUUAAGGAGGAUCACUGACCCCAGACGUGACAUCACGCGUUUUAAAAAUGAAAGAGAAACUGUCACUGGGUAAAUUCCCUGCCCUAGAUUAUUCUUCAAACCUGUGGGCUGCAGCAGUUUUUUGGUAUCUGAUCGGUUUUCAGUCACAUAAUUUCUGUCGAGUAUGAUUUCUAUGAACCCAUUUCUCGUUUCUUGGACCAUUGUUUUUGAAAGUUUACUUAAAAAGUUCUCAAUGUUUGAAGUAGGCAGAGUAGGCGGUGCUAUGUCAACUAACAUGUAAACUUUGCUCGAGCGCGAAGCACGCAUUUUAAACACAUGCAGGAAAAAAGUCACUUUGAAUGUGCAUUUUGUUGAUCUAGUAUGAAUUUCCACAACAUGGCAAAUAAAAACAAACGAAAGAAAAUGGAAAACGCCUCAGCGCACAAAUCCAGCCCAUACCGUCCUUGCGGCAGCUGCGAUUUUCAGCAGGAUGAUAGCCAGGGAACGAGGUGCACUUCCAAUAAACAAAAUGGAUUGGCUCAGUUGGGUCAGUCAGAUGGGCUAUACACAGCUUUGUGUUGUAGUUGGUACCGUCUCUUUGCGUGGUAAGAAGGAUGGAGCAGGAGAGCUACAAUUUUGGUAUCGUGAGAGAUUCAAAGAUUCCCGCAUUUUAUAUGCCAGUAGGACAGCGGGGCAUGAAAAGAUGGUACCGGUAUGUGAGUUAUUGAUGUCUUUACGUAAUGCUCUUUCACUUCCAAGAUUGAGCAAACAAAAUCAGCAAAUCAAAACUUUAUCAACAAAGAAGUCGAAAUUUCAUUUCGUCCAAUACUGAAAGCAAAUAGUACCAUGUGAGUACUGAUAAAGGGGUUUCGUCCAGGGGCUCAAGAGUAAGAACUAAAUUUUAUGGAUCCAUAAUUGACCCUGAUAGUGAAAGGGUUUUUUAACAAUACAAUUAUAACAAACUUGUUCAAGACUUCAGAGGUAGUGCGGCAUCGUUUUAUUACUACAGCUCUGUUUCGUGUGGCCAAAAGAUGACCACACUCAUCAGGUAAUAUCAACGAUUGACCGUUAGAUUACAACAACUGGCAAAAAAGCGGAAAUAAGGUUGCUAUGAGAUAUAAAAACAGCGUUAUGUUAUCGUAUAAAUCAUGUGAUUGCUAUUAUUUAUAAUUUGGGAGAUCGUGUUACUUUAUCAUAAAGUUCCGUGAGGAGGUACAGUGAAACCUCUAUUAAGCCUCCCCGGGGGAGGGGAGAGGGUUACUUCCUUAUAAGUGGUUAAUGGGAAUGUGCCGCUGGAUGAGGUCGCAUUUUCACAACUGGAUUGAUUAUAAUGGGGUCGCUUUUUCAGUAGAGUUACUAGAAUAGGGUGGCACAUUUUCGGAGUUUUUGGGGUAAGACAGUUCUUCAUAUUUACGGUUAGCAAACGUACCUGAAUGUUUGUACUGUAGGUGAAAAGUAAAGUCUUUUUCAUUCAGUUUAAAAAAUGGUUCAAUUCAUAAAAAUAAAAUGUGACUAGGUUGGGAUCGCGAAAAUUACAUAUUUGCCCAAAAGUGACUAAGAUGGGGUCUAUAAUUGGCCACAGAAUAGACUAUAAUGGGGUAGGGGCUCUGAGAGGCCAGCGGCACAUACCCAGCAAAAAUUUAGCCAAGUACCCCUCCCCCCCUCCCUCGCCCCCGGGUGUCAAGCGGACACCUUCGGGACCUUCCUAUUAAGUGUCCGCUUUUAUAGCGGUUUGUAAAAAUUGCCCAAUGUUUGUUAACGAUUAACAUUCAACGGUUACUCUGUACUGUGAUUAAGUUCCAUGUUGUUAAAGGAAGCCAAGGAAGCUGUGCUGUACUUUGCGCAAGACUUUUAGGUGAACUUUGAUCGCGGAUGACGAUUAUACUGCCGGAUAGUUUUUUGAACUCUAAAUGUAUUGAUUUAUCUCUACUAAUCGACUACACGUAUUUCAAGGAAGUAAUCCAAUACCAUCUCUCCUUACUUUUUUCAGUUUGUAAUUAUGCCUGAAACUACAAUGAAGGUCUUCAAGGAUACAGUUACGAUUAAAGAACUAAAAGACUGGUGGGGUCACGAAGGACAAACUGUUCAACUCAAAGAUGCUGAUCCAAAUGAGGUUCAGCUUUUUAUUGAAAAAAUGCCCGUCCCAAUCAAAGGUGAGAGUGUUCAAAGUAAUUCCCAAAAUUUUGUUUAAGUUUUGGUUUUGGAAUAAAGAGGUACAUGGUUGAAUCUCUGUACAAAUGUAUGGAAACAGGCAGAUCGAGGUUAAUAAGGUGAGAGUAGCUAUAGUUUUUUUGGUUUUAGUUUUUAAAUAAAAAGAGGAAUAAGGUUAAACUUACUGUAUUGUACGAAGGUUUAUACCUGGUUUAUAAAAACAGGUGGCUCAAGCUUAUGACUAGAGUCACUUUAGUUUGGCGUUUUUUAAUUUAGAAGCAUAUGGUUAAACCCGUACAUUUGUAUUGAUAUAAAUUUUGUCAACCGGGAAUCUUCGCGUGAAAACAUUGUUCGCUGUUAAUAGUGUCAAGAGGGGUAGACUACUAGAACAACAUUGAUCUUCUUAAAAGCAACAACGCCCGUAGAGCAUGAUAUCCGUCUGGCCCCUAUUCUACUGAUUUGGAGUAAAAAAAAUCACAUCAUGUUCAAGACUAAAUGAAAGCUUUGAGUCAACUGCAUUCGGGUCUGUAAUUCACAAAUCAAUUGAUGCGAUUGAUCGCGCGCUGGCGUUUCCUCCGCCAAAAUUUCCCACUGACCCUGAAUCGUCCUCAGUAAUUUUGUUAUAAAAAAUGUAGUUUCGUUACGUCAUAGAAAGUGCUUUGUACGGGGUUAUAUUCACGAGCCGUUUGUGUCAAAACCCGAACGAGCGAAUGAGAUACGAGCGAGUGAGGGCUUUUGACACAAACAACUCGUGAAUAUGACGCCGAGCAAAGCACUUUCUAUGACGUGAACUGUUUAUUACACAAAUCACGAGAAUUUGCACUGCAAUAGUUUUGUUAAUGUAAAACAGAAGCUUAUUACGAAGAGCAAAUCACAAAUACUGAGAUGCAAAUGCAAAUUUAACAGCAAUGGCAAAUCUCGCAGCCCAUCCUUAGUCCUCAUCGUGCAGAACAGAAAUUGCACUUACAAAAGUUUAAUCAAGUAUGACGUCACAAAAGAUGUGGGCUUGUAGAGAGGAGUUCACGCUCAUAGUUGCAUCACAGGUAAUCAGGGCAAGAUGAAGGGAAAUUCAAAGAUUUAUAUUGGAAUUCAAAGCUCUCUAAUUCUUCCUGAAUUCAUAUAUUUGAUGCUUUCUCUUUAAAAAGGGUAACUUACAAGUUCAAAGAAACAAUACACUAAAUCUGGAGUGCAAAGAAGUCCGUGAUCAGUUUUUAGAAAACCUUGAUUUUCCCAUACAUUUUCUGUAUAGUAUCAAAAUUACAGGAAAUGUAUGGCAAAAUUGAGAUUUUCUAAAAACUGAUCACGGACGUCUUUGCACUCCAGAUUUAGUGUAUUGUUUUUUUGAGCUCUUAGUAAGUUACUCUUUUUAAAAGAAACAAAAGCCGAAGUAUUUUGGCCAAUGUAAAGAAAUAAGAACUUGGGAAAGAUCAUCUUGGAGGGAGAGAAAGAUGAGAAAAGGAGAAAGGAAGACCGAUAAUUUAGUGGGCAAGGAACAUACGGAAUGUUUUCGACAUGUCACUAACAGAAGUAGGAAGAUUGGCAAUUUAUAAAAACUGUUUCCGCUGUGCAGUAAAAGAUGCAACGACUCGCUGAAUGGAAAUAGCUGCUCACUAAUAAUCUUUAUUCGAUCUGCAAUUCCAAUGAUCAGCGGAGGUUUUUUAACAUGAUGGAAUGCAAUCACCGUGAGAAAGGGGAGGAAAAAAGGACAAUUUUGAGGUAUUCACAUUUUUGGAUCGAAGUCUUUCUUAAAGGAGUUUUAGGUCUCUUACCUUACCAAGGAACUAUCUUCAUUCCCAACCUUUCAAGUUAAGGCGAGACUGCAUGUACAUUUUAUUGUCGUACGGAAAUACAGUUUCUCGAUUCUUUUUUUUUUUAUUUUUGAGCGUGUUGACUGCAGCGCGGGAGGUCGCGGGUUCGAUUCCCGGGGCCGAACCAAUACUCAGGGUCUUAAAAUAACUGAGAAAUGAAGGUACUCCCUUUGCACUGCAAGCGGCAGGACCUUCGCGUGGCUCGUAUGACCACGUAAAAUGGCAGUCCCCUCUCCAGUUGGAGACGUAAAGUAUAGUGUCCCCAAUUAGUACUUUCGUGCUAAAUAAAAUAAUGUAAAGUGCAUUUUAUUAUUAUUAUUACUAUUUAUUUAUUUAUUUUUUGUAACGGUUCGAAAUAUCAUUCCUUAAACUGAAACGACGUUUCAGUCACGAAUGUUGACAUCUUUGAGAAAGAGCAGUUCAGUCUCCAGUUUAUCUAUGGCCUGCUUCAGCUUUACAUAGUUUACAGAGUUUCUUUUAUUUUUCACCUUAAUGCCUUUUCAGUGCCCGUUAAAGGAUUCGCUUAUUUGUUUUGCUGACCGCGGGGAAGGGGAAUAAGACUGGUAUGUACGCGGAGAUUUUCAUUUCAUGAAUUUUACAACUUUUUGCUUGUCAGUUUUUAAAUUUUUAUUUUUGGGGGGAAAUUUUUUUUUUACCCACGACCUCUACGCACUACCCACGACCCACGACAUUUAGGUACACUCAGUUUAGAAGCAAGCAAUACUAAGUGACAAUCGGAGCGAAACGGAAUUCUGCGUUUCAUCUUCUUCAUCAGUAUUCAAGAGUUCAGUUUCAAGAGAAAAACGCAGUGCAUUUAAAAUUUUCUUUGAAGUCAAAAUUUUUAAUUUUUCUUUUUUAGGUGACACUUAAUCAGUUCGGCCAUGUUACUUGGGUGAUUUUCAUGAUUGCCUUGUUGUUUUGUUUUUGAUCACGAAUUAUCUUUUGAGAAAAAAUGCAAAAUCUACGCAAAGCAAAUUUGCCAAGGCGAACCCCAGAAUUAGAAAGUCAGUGGAGGGAUUUUCAGCGACGUGGGGAAAACUUCCAGAGACAGAUACGGGAGAUGCAGCAACGCGAACAGGAAUUACAAAGGAAACUCAGAGUGUUUAAAGAACGGUGUCAGGACUCUCAAAGCAAGCUAACGGAUAUCGAGCAACAUGAACAAAAUAUGCAGCGGCUGUUGAGAGAGCUUCAGGAACGAGAAAAAAAUUCUCAAAGCCAACUGAUGCAGUUUCAACAACGUGAAGAAAAUUCUCAGAGGCAGCUGACGGAGUUUCAACAACGUGAGCAAAAUAUGCAGCGGCUGUUGAGAGAGCUUCAGGAACGAGAACAAAAUUCUCAAAGGCAGCUGAGGGAGUUUCAACAACGUGAAAAGAAAAUUCGUGAAAAGAAAAUUCUCAGAGGCAGCUGACGGAGUUGCAGCGGCAACUGAGGGAGAUAGGACAACAGUUGACCAAUUGCCGAGGACAAGUUUCUGAACUACAGUUAAGUCUUUCAACAGCACAGCAAACAAUAAACCAAUUGCGUAACCAGGAAACACGGGACUGGGUUAUUCCUCGCGACGAAAUUCAAAUCACAGAGAAAUGCCUUGGGAGGGAAGGAUGGGGAAUUGUCGGGAAUUGUUGGGGGCGUAUUGUGGCUGCACUGUAGCAGUAAAGCAAAUACAUGAUCUGAUUCUCUCCCCUCAUAACAUACAUCUUUUUAAGAGAGAAAUGAAUAUUGCAUGCAAGUGCCGCCAUCCUCACUUACUACAGUUCAUCGGCGCCACCAAUGAUGAGGGAACUCCUCUGUUUGUGACCGAGCUGAUGGAGAAAAGUCUGCGCACUUUGUUGGAGCAGCGGCAACUCUCCGAGACAGAAAUAGCCGUCAUUUCUCUGGAUGUAGCUCUUGUCCUGAACUACCUUCAUCAGAAGAAACCAGAGCCUAUCAUUCAUCGUGACGUCAGCAGUGCUAAUGUGUUGCUAUGGCGACAGGGUAACCAAUGGAGAGGCAAAGUGUCAGAUUAUGCCACUGCUAAUUUCAUGCCGCAGACCAUGACAGUGGCUCCUGGAGCAAGGAUUUACAGCGCACCUGAAGCACUUACAUCAAACCAAACUGUCAAGGUAAGUUUUAGUCACUGUUCAAGACUGUUAACAUUGGCAUAAUUAUUUAAUAAGUGGCCCUUAUCCAAACUUCUUUCCAUACAUCGUAUAUCGGCCGUGGUUUUCACUUUCCAUUUUUAUCGCCGGGGCUUACGGAAGAAGCAGCUGCGUGGGUUUUUUGGCUUUAUAAUGGCACUGUGAAAAGUUAUGUUUUGUUGUAAGUUUUUUUUUUCAAGCGUAGUAGAAAACUGUGUCUGUUUAGCCUCUUGAGUUAUGCAACGGACAAUUUUAUUGCAAAGUGUUCUGUUGAAUUUCUUGCUUUAUAACCGAGCUCUCGCGCGCGAAGCGCGAGCAGCGGAGCACCAUGGGUAAGAAAAUGUAGUAGCGGAGCUCUCGCGCGCGAGGCGCGCGCAGCGGAGCGCCGUGGGUAAGAAAAUGUGGUAAUCUACCCAUCCGAGAAAAUUUGGUAAUCACGUGACCGUACGCCAGACCAUCCGUCCGCACCACAGGCAUACCAAUGUUAAAUAACUCAAUCAACAGGUAUGGCAACCCAAAUGCAACUCCAGGUUAUUUUGGCGGGAAAUUGCAUAGACACCCGCGUCUUGUAAAGCAGAGACAGCUAAAGAGUCAAUAAAGACGAAACCGGAAAGCGAAAAUUGUUUCUGUAUCCGUGUUUGCUAAAGUAUUGAGCUAAGAUUAAUUGCCAUGUCCACAAAUUUGGAACAUAGAGCAAGAGAAAGACAGGGAAAAAGAGAAAAAGCGGCAGGCCAGCGAAACUCAACGAGAAAAAAGGUGACAGAGAUCUAGAGCGAGAGAUAAAAAACAAAGGAGACAUUUUUUUUGUUGGAAGAACAACAUGAAAAUUUUGCAGCGACGGUGACAAAAUGAGAAAUGCUAGCGGCCAACAAUGCAAGGAGAAAAUGAGCGCAGUGAAAAAAAAGUGAACGAGAACGCGUCCGACAUUUCCUCCAUAAAAAAGUUUCUGGAAGUUUCACGUUGUAGUCGUGCGAAACAACGGCAUAGAAAUGUACAAAAAAAGUGUGCUGCACGUGCAAAGUUGCUUUUUUGCUAAUUAGACCUUUUGUUGUUUUUUUCCCGUUCUCCGGCGUUGCCUUCGCCGCUUAGCAUUACUCGAUUUUAUAAUUAUUUUGCUUGAACAAACUAUAACCCUGGCUAAAUCUAUUUAUUAAGCUACCCAUACGAGAAAAUUUUUUUAAUCACGUGGCCGUACACCGACCGACCGACCGACUGUCCGUCCGCACCACAGGCAUACCAAUGUAAAAUGACUCAAUAAACAGGUAUGGCAACCCAAAUGCAACUCGAGGUUAUUUUGACGGGAAAUCGCAUAGCCACCGGCGUCUUGUGAAGCAGGGAUAACUUAAGAGUCGAAAAGCGGAAACUGUCUCUGUAUUCGUAUUUUCUAAAGUAUUAAGCUCAGAAUAAUUGUCAUGUCCACAAAUUUGGAAUAUAGAGCAAGAGGAAGAAAGAGAUAAAGAGAAAGUAGGCGACAGGCCAGCGAAGCUCGACGAGAAAUAGGGCGACAGAGAUCUAGAGCAAGAGAUAAAAAAACAAGGGAGACAUUUUUUUGUUGGAAUUUUCUUCCAACAAAAGCGGCGGUGACAAAAUGAGAAAUGCCAGCGGUCACCAAUGCAAAGUGAAAAUGAGCGGCAGGGAGAAAAAAGUGAACGAGAAAACGUACGACAUUUCCACAAUAAAACAUGUGACUAAGAAGUUUCAGCAAGUUUCACGUUGUAGUUGUGCAAAACAGCUGCAAAGAAAUGUACAAAAAAAGUGUGCUGCACGUGCAAAGUUGCGUUUUUGCUAAUUAGACUUACGGUUGUCUUUCACCGUUCUCCGGCGUUGCCUUCGCCGCUUAGCAUUACCAGAUUUUAUAUUUUGUCAGAACAAACUAUAAAUAUUAUCGAGAGCCUCGCUCUUAGUCCUGGCUAAAUCUAAAUAUUUUAAAAACUUAACAGGUUGCUUGUCUGACACUUGAAAUGAUCAGAUGAAUAAUUAAUUGUAUAUGGCUGACUCUGGGCAAGAUGAGGCAAAUCCUGUGUUCUGAUUGGCUGCCCGAGCUGGAAAGAUGGACUUGUCUUUCCCGACCAGACGUUUUCCAAAAACCUUUUCUUUUUGGCCAUGUAACAAAUCGUUUAUUGACCAAGCUUGUUCGGUCAAGGUGGCAGGAUAUGCAGUGGCAGAUCCAGACCUUCAGAUAAGGAGGGGGGCUGGGGGCGGGGGGCAGUCAUCCAGACUUUGAGAUAAGGGCGGCGGUCUCCAAAAUCAAAUUUCCCGGCCGUUCGGGCCUCAUUUUGCUCUAAACAUAAGCAGGGGGCUCCCGCGCCCCUUCCCUGGAUCCGCCGCUGAUAUGGGCCUAGUUCUUUUUGCGCUUUUAUAAAUGUCGACUUUAUCUCGCUCCAUAAAAACGCGAAGACAAACAUGACCUAUGUGCAGCAGUCUUGACCAGUCAAGAUUGGUUAAUAAAACAGAUUUAAACAUUUAUCGGUCGGAGCAGAACCAUAAUGAAUUUAAUUAUACACAAUAGCAAAAAAAAAUGAGAGCAGAGCUGAUACGGUCCACCGAUAAGAAACAAAAAGAUAAAGGUAUAAAGACUAUAAAAACUUUCAUACAUUCUCGAAAGAAUGUCCAUAAUCACAUAAUUGUUCCGAAGGAUAGCCCGGUUCCAGGCGUUCAGAUUGUGCGGACGGCGCUAAAAGGUUCGCACCGCACUCCAUUAUCUGAACUCCUGGAAAGGGCUAUCUGAAGGAAGGUAGAAGAGUCAUUAGAGAUCAGCAAGAGGCUGCAGAACUAUUGAAUUAUUUCUUUUCAAAUUGUCCUUUAAAUAACAAGGUUUUAGUGAACAUCCACCUGAUCUCUAGUGCAUAUUACACAAUCUGAUGGGUAGAGAGGAACUAGGACAGAUAUCUAUAAAGCCUUAUAGUUCAGUUAUUGCUCGAAUUCGUGGCAUUUCUUCAGUGCGCAGGCAGCUGAUAAAUAAGAGAAGGUUAGGAUAUCUAUAGGAAAUUCAGAGACAUUUAUAUACAUUGUUAGCUAGGUUUUCUUUUUUUUUUUUCGUUUUCUUUUAACCUAACCGAAGUAAUUCGAAGAAGGGAGGAAUGAAGUAUAUGUAAAUAUUUAGGUCUACCGUCCCCACCCUCCACGUUUGUAUUAUCGAGCAUGCGCUCUGACUGUUAUGAUGAUUGAAUACACAGGUGAGCACGAGCAGCAAUGGUGUGUGUGUUGGUGGUUAAAUGCGUAAGACACUACAGUUACGUUCUCCUGCUGCUCCUUCUAGUCGCCCUAGUGUAAACAAAGAUAUCGACACACAAUAAGAAAACAAUUCUGGGAAAUAAACGUGUGUUCAGCGAAGCUACGAUCUGUACAAGCACAUGACCAAAAGCUGCGUAGAACGCAUGACCGAGAAAGAAACUAAUGCCAGUCCUCCUUCCAUUCGCUAGAAAUAAAUACAAACAAAUGCAAUUAUUUUAGACAUAAAAAAAAAAUCCGGCAAAAGAGGCAAUCCUUACUGUAUUACUGAUAAAAGUGGAAGUAGCCACAUCAAAUACAUUUUCAAGAAGGUUUCACAAAGUUGCAUUCUUAAAGGGUAUUGCAUACAGCCGGUUCUAACAAAGCAAACAUCUUGAAAAUAGUAAGACAAGCCUUGAAAUAUGCAAUAGCGGUACAGCAGGCGAUAAGCAUUGUUGUUUAGUUUACAUUAACUAUAACCAUUAGCAUUAUUUAUGACAUCAACUGACAAGUUCAUAUGCUAAAGGCCAGAAACUCUGCGCCAGUAUGAAUCACUUGUAGGUAAUAAAGAGCUAUCGCACAACGCCAUGACGCAAUCAUUGUUGAAGUUUAUCAAUUAGCAAAAGUAUUUUUCAGGUCAUUAUUGAGCACCACUACUAUUGUUAUUGUUCUUAUAGUUCUUAAUCAUCAAGGCUAUCAUAAAAACUAAAGUAGUGAAUAACAAUAUGAUACGCGCGAUUUCUAUCCACUUUUACUAAAAGUUGCUUCUGCUGCUACUUCCAGAAAUAUUCAUAUCUGAAACAAAAAUAGAAGAAAAAAAAGACAAUAAUCUAAUUUAGCAAUUAACAGUUAUUACUUCCUCAAGGAUAUAUGGGCAAACUAGUCGGUUCACGAUUUGGGAAAAUUGCAGAAUUAGGGAGUUCAAGCAAUUCUUUCGUCCCGGGCGUCAUGAAUGACAACCAGUUGUUUGUCUUCAGUUCGCUCUAUGAAACACUUCUACCUGACAUAACAAGUUUGAUAGUUUUUGUUUUAAUUACUGUAGUAUUACGUUAUCAAGUCAAACAAUUAAAAAAGAGAAAAGAACGACUUAUGGUUGUUACUUCUGACGUACGGGACGUCACCUUUGUUGUUUCCUUAGCUCGACUAGGAUUAGUAACUUUCAACGGUUUGGCAAACGCGUUUACCAUUUGUACAAAUCAGUCCGAUUUAUGGAAAAGCAGCUGCAAACUAUCCUGAAACUGGUAUCAAUGGUGGCGUAGCGAAAUGUCGGUUUUUUUCUCAAGCCGUGCAAACACUUGCCAAAAGCAUAACAAGCAAGGGCGAAAGACAAGGUCUCAUAACAUAAGGCAGGAAAAAACCAAACAGGGAACCCAACCGCUACACAGAAGUUCCUUUUGUUUCGAAAGCGUUUCACUGACAUCACCCGUUUUCCCUUUACUUUCUAACCGGAUAUAGUACUUGAAAACAUUUAUAAAUGAUGAAAAAUUAUGGACCUGAAAUCAGGGUAUUGCUAUAGUUCCUAACCUACAAGAGUGCCAUUUGAAAUGUUCGUUGAGAUAACUAUGCAAACUAAAGACUAUCAUUACGACGUCAACCUUUUAGUAAGACUUUUAAUAUUAUAUAUAUAUAUAUAUAUACAUAAAACAACAUUUCCAACUUACCUGGGAAGGGUUUGUCCUUACGGUGGUGGAGGGUGGUGAUAUCCAUGGGGAUGAGGCCCAUGGAGUGGUGGAUGGUGUGGAGGCCCAUGGUGUGGAGGCCAUGGUGUGGGGAUCCAUGGGGUGCCGGUCCAUGAGGUGGAGGCCCACUCAUCCUAGAAUUUACGCUAACGUAAAUAACAAAACGUAAAGCACGUGUAUUUUGUUAGAAAAUAAGACUUGGCCAAAAGAGGCGUGAAAAUAAUUUUACUUAAUUUCUACGUCAAAAUUAACUUAGUUGGAUUAUUUUUUUGUUUAUGUUGGUGUGGAACAAAUUUCAUUUUUCAAAGUAAUUAAGUGAUGAAAGAUUCAAUUUUAAGCUCAAAUAAUACAAAGAAAUUUGUUACAAGCUUAGAGUUACAAUAAUAGUAGGUUUAAUGAAGUUAUAAAUAUAUGAAAAUCAUAUAUGAGAACAAAAAUUGUAUUAAAGAAGAUCAUCGUAGAUCGUAGAUAACGAAGAUCGUAGUUCUAGACGCAACUUUUGUAGUAAAGAAAAGAAAGUCUGAAAAAAUUUAGGCUUGUACGGGAUUCGAACCCUUGACCUCUGCGAUACCGAUGCAGCGCUCUACCAAUUGAGCUAACAAGACAAUUGGGAGCAGGUCGUUGAAUGGGUUCGUAUUAAACCUGGUGAAUUGGUUGGUAUUAAACCUUGAAAGGAAUAUGAUGAUCAUCAUUAUCAUCCUUCAACGGGUUUAAUUCCAACCAACUGAACGACCUGCUCCCAGUUGGCUUGAUAGCUCAAUUGGUAGAGCGCUGCACCGGUAUCGCAGAGGUCAAGCGUUGGAAUCCCGUACAAGCCUGAAUUUUUUCAGGCUUUCGUCUAUAACUGCAAUGAUCUGCGAUGAUGUUCUUUCAUGUAAUAGUAAGUUUAUAUCAAGUACAUUAAAGUUAAGAAAUGUUUCGUUUUUAAUGCUUACGUGUAGAAAAGCGAAAUGAGACCAGGAUAUUGUCAUUUCCCGAACAUAGGGUCUUAGCAACAAGUUUUCAUUUGGAUAUUAAGGUUCAGUGGGAGCCAAAUGGCGAACCAGCAGUCUAAUGCAUUAUCUUAAAGUGGGUUUAACAGAUAUAAAGAAUAUAUUUUUGACAAAUAUAAACUUGGACUGCAGACUGCGGAACACGAAUUGGUUAUAACAAGCGGGCUAAGACUCUGAGUACAACAACAACAAUUAUAUUAAAAAGCAAAGAAAUACAGUAAACAUACCCUGCUUCGAAAACAGGGCCAAAUUAAUUGAGGGUAAAACAACCAAGUGUUUUAAAGUAGGGGUGGUUGGUUUAGGAUUUAAAUUGAUAUAUUUGCUAAGCAUUUGUUAAACGUAACUAAAUGAGGCGAACAAAUGUGUUUACAUAAUAAGAGAACUUAGGAAAUAGGGUUAUAGCUAAGACGAAAUCGAUCAUCUUUUUUAAGGCUCGUUCUUCCUAGAAGAGUGUAUGGUCUCCCUGUUUAUGGCUCAUGCCAAGCGGAUUUAAAUACAGUACAAUGCUUCCUGAAAAGAUGUUUCAAGAGGCGCUACUCCUCAAAAAUUUAUAGUGUCCACGAGCUCUUAGCUAGCUCUUGGACAAAUGUGAUAGGAAACUCUUUAAGAAAAUUGGAAGCGACAGUUGUCCCCCAUUGUACCCUAUGUUGCCCCAAGCCAAAGGGUCCUCCCUUAGAUUAAAACAAAGAUCUAGUCAGUUAUCUAGGAUAAACACUGAACGUACGUUUUAAAAGUGGCUUUUUAAAUAGGCUUAGUUUCAAAUACAAUUGAACACUAUGAAAAAUUGUUUCCUUACUGUAAGCUCCUUAAUUAAUCCUUUUUAAAAUUUGUGUACCGUUUGAUAUGUAUUGUAUCGAAAAGACAAAGACAUAAUAAUAAUAAUACUUAUUAUUAUUAUUAUUAUUGAUCAGCAGGAGAAUAGGUACAACUCCAAAACGGCCUCGAAGGCUCCAGAAGGUGAAAUCAGUAACAGACACAACUAAGGCAUGGCUCCUCGCUCUAUUUUGUCUGCCGUCUCUUUUCAUUUCAUUAUUUAAACACAUAUGCUUAAGAUUGGAACCAUUUUUGGAGCUCACACUGCGCCACUUAAGGUCACGUGACCAGCCACGCCCAUAAUUAUGCAAAAUUAAAUAUUUUCAGAUUACGCCAUAAAAAUGACUGUUGAAGCUUCCGCUUGUUUCUCCAUAGUGUUAAGUUUAAAGUCAAAUGAGUGAAAUUAAACGGGGAAUUGCAAAAUGUUUUAUUCCUAUGUAAUUAUCAAAUGUUUUAUCCUCGACCCAGUCCCACUUUCAACUGGAAAAGUUAUAGUUCACUCAAAACAAAUAAUUUCGAAAAACCCCGAUUAAUUCCAUAAACCUUGUGUUAAUAGUCAUUGAGAGAAAACAAAAUAAAAUCACAAGUAGUAUUUGUAAAAUGUUGUAGAAUUGGACCAAACUAAAUGGCAAAAAAUGGGCGUGACAAGUCACGUGACAACAUAGCUUAUUAGUGACAACGGAUAAGAACAUUUUUAAAAAAUAUUUACCGCAGGCAAAGUUUCAAGUCGAAAAGUCAAAUCUCCUUUAAACUAGACUCCCCCCUCACACAUUUCUAGAGACCUAUUCCUUAAUUCACCCGAGUCGAUCGAUCGCCAAACAUCAUUUGGACCAUAAUUUGCUUCUUCAAGAAAAUCAAAUUUCACCGGCCAGGGAACCUGCUAGAUUUCCGACGAUGCUAUCACCUCACUCAAGCACUUAAAGGAAAAGUGGAAUGUUUUGGCGGUUUACUACUCGAUUAAAAGAACAGAUAAACCGCAUAGCUGAGCUUCACGACUUCUUAUUUUUUAAUUUUCUAGUGAUCUUAAAAUAUUACUUAUAAAUUACUCGAGUAGACUGUUCCAGUGAGUCUACCAUAAGCCCCAGCAUGAGAGCUUACUUGUUGGCCUUGCCCCAUACGGCAGUAGUCUAGGCGAGAUUUAUUGAAAAUAGCGCCCUCUCAGCAUGUGGGAGGGUCAAUACCGGUUUUUCAGGACAAACCGGUUUUGGGAGGACAGGAACUGGGCCACUUUUAUUACUGAGCUGAGAUCUGGGCAAACCAGUUUUGGAAGUAUAGAACGGGGCCACUUGUUAAUGAGCUGAAAUCUGGUGGUAGAAAUUAUCGGAAAUUAAGUUUCAGAAACGGAAGUGAGAAGGUCAAGGAAACAUUAUAAAAAUAUUGAUUUUAAUAUAUGGAUAUGGUUGGUCUGGUCUAGUGGCCUAGAACGCUGUGUUGUGGCCGCAGAAACCCGGGUUCCAACCCUACGAUGACCCCCUUACGGUUAAUUUUUUUAGUUUCAAUAGUUCAUUGCGAAAACGAAGAAAUUAACAGAACACAGUUUUUCAUUGCUUAUCCUACUACGUGAUAAAUUUUUGCAAUUUGAUUGGCUUAGAGCAGUGGUAUUUAAACUUAAAGGGGCUAUGUCAGCUGGAGAGCAUGCGCUCUGAGGUUAUGCAAAUCACUUUCAACUGUCAAAAUGCUAUUGGUUUUAACGCGUGACUUUCUCCAUGUUCUCUGUCACGUCCAAGGCUCCGAAUUUAGAGAGGUUAACAAGCGAAAUGGGUUUAGAUAAGGGAUAUUUCGAUAGAAUUUACGGAACGUUUCUUCUCUGGUUAUGCUAGAUCAAGAAUAAAAUUGUGACGACAAUUUUACUUGUAGUUUUGAAGUAAAAGCGCAUUCCAUUCAUAAAAUAGAGCGCAAACAAAAAUUCAACAACAACAUAUUGUCUUAUUCAACAAAAUAAAUCGAAGUUGUAUUUUACAAACGAGCUACAAAAGACGCUAGACCGAAGAUAAAGACCAAGACUGUUUUAAAUCAUUAACAAUUAGACUUGUCUGUCGCUAGUGAUUUUAUAAUUUAGAUGCUGAUAGAACAAGAGACAUCAAGUCUUUGUUUUGAUCUUAGGGAAACAUACAUUAUCACGCAAAAUUGUUCGAUCGUGCCGAAUCACUGCGACGUCGAGAAAAACAGAAACAAGCAUCAUUGGUAUACUACUCAACUAUAAACAGUCCGUUGAUAAAAAGGGAAAGUAAACUCUGCUAUUUUCCAAAAAUAUGCUCGAACACAAACAGUUCAAAAACAUGGCAUUUACAGGAUCUAACUCGUACUAAGCUGCCUCUCUAAGUCCGUUGAGAACAAUCUGGACGAGCAAACGGUCGUGUUUAUCUUUGCCGUGAAUCCAGAUAAAUACAAGAAGGAAUCUAGCCGAAUUUUAUAAUGUUUACUUCGCCAGGAGUUUAGUUUCGUCACGAAACUCAUGGCCCGAUGCUCUUGUAAUCGUUUACAAAAAACGGCCGCCACCAACUCGAUAGCCGCUUCAUUAUAUGUCCACAUACUUUGAGCACAAGAAAAAUCCAAGAGCCAGCAGCCUCUAAAAUAACUCAAUAGAAAGGUUCUGUGAACUAUAGGGAAGAUUCCAUCAAAGAUUCCAUCACUCAUUGUGGAGUAGCCGUCAUUAACUCUGCCAUUACAACGGCCGCUGAUAAGAGGACACAGUAAAUCCACGUAAAAACAUUCCACAGGCAGACAAUUUCAAAAUAACGCCAAAAAAUUAAUUAUAAAUUAAUACAAAACUUCGCUAACUAUCGAACGAUGGCUGAGAUCUAGACAGAUAAAAACAGCCUUCCAAAAUCUCCGACACAACUUGAAAAAGUCGGGCCGACUUUUUCAAGUUUGUUUUCAGUGGCUCGCGUAUGCGUGUGGGGUGACAUAGCCCCUUUAAUUUGAAAUACCUACAUGUGAAAAUUACAAACCUUUUGCUGGUAGUAGUAUAAACAAAUAAUAGCAUGAUUUGUACGUGAUAUUUUGCAUAAAUACCACUCGUGAUAUUUCAAAGUUGUUUCAAAUUUCACUCGCCUAACGGCUCGUGAAAUUACGUAUGACAAUUUUGAAAUAUCACUCGUGGUAUUUAUGCCAAAUAUCACUACAAAUCAUGCUAUUACUUUUAAAAAUUUCUCGAUUGUGAUUGGAGCAGAAUGCAGUUUUUAGGUAACACGGUGCAGAAAAAAGGUAAUUUAGUGCAGAAAAGAGUAACAAACGUGACAUUCUGAUUGGCUAAUAAACAAAGGAACUCACUGAGAGCCAAUCAAAUGCGCCAUCUAAAUGGCGCAAAAUUUGGAUCCGCUCCCUGACCAGUUUCGAGCGAAAACCGCAGUGGUUGGCGUUUGCAGCACAUUUGCGUUUGCGACCAAAUUAACUGUAGAGGAGGUGAAAAACUGCUGUAGAAAAGAAAACACUGCGAAAAGCACUGGUUUUUGGCUCUCUUUUUGGAAGAAUAAGGAAAUUACUGAUGAAAUAGAAAAUUUUGAGCCGGCUGAGCUAAACACAGUUGCUCGAGCAUUUCUACGACGAAGUAAACAAUACAAACAAGGUGAAGAUUAUGAACCAGAAAGCCUUAAAGUAAUGACGACAAUGAUGGCAUCGCGUGAUAGACACGUAAGGAACAAACGCUGCACCCUGUCCAUUGUACGUGACCGAGAAUUUAGUUCGUCCAAAGAGGUGUUGGAGGACAAAUAAAAGCGAAACAGCUUCGCUUGGCUGGCCGUGGUAAGCGCCCAAACAAAGCUCGGCAAGUAUCAGAGGAGGAAGAAGAAAUUCUCUGGAAGAGCGGAAAACUCGAAGUAAUAACCCAGAAUCUUUAAUUCAAACACGUUGAACAAUUCCAUGAACUGUUCAGCCCGUUUCUGCAGCUUGCAAACUUUAAAAAAAUCGAGCAAAAUGUUGUUUUGAAUGUACGUGUGAUGAUAUUUGCUGCAUUUGAAUGAUUUAUUUUUGCACGUAGUUUACGCGGGUUGACUCCCUGUUAAAGAGAUUUUAAAGCUAUCUCGCAAUUUUUUCGUGACUAGUAUUAAUAUGUAAUCACGUGAUUUUUCUCGUGCAAUUUGGAAUAAAUAAGCACUCGUAAAUUUUUUCAAAGACCACAAAUUGCACUAGCCCUACUGCUCGUGCAAUUUUGUUGGUCUUUGAACAAAUUCACUCGUGCUUAUCUAUUCCAAAUUGCACUCGAAAUAAUGUGAUUACGUGUACAAAACAUGUUAUUCACCUCAAAGAGUAUAUUAAAAUCCCGACGAGUAAAUGCGAUAAAACACUUUAAUAAUGAGAAUAAGAUUAACUGCAAUCCACAAAGAAUUGCUAAUAUACUAAAUGCGCAUUUUGACUCUGUUGGAGAAAAUUAGCGAGUAAGAUACCUGCUUCCGGUGAUCAUCACGAUUUUCUCAAAAAGAAAACCCGAAAUCUCCAGCGAGCUCUUUCAUUGUUGGAAGUUGCUUUUCUCCGUUUCAUUUUUUUUUUUCCAACCGGAAUGUUCAUGCCAUUCCUCUUUUUAUUGAUGCAAAUAUCCUGCCAAUUAGCUUUUUCUAUUUAAGUCCGCCGUGACGUAUCUUACCUAAUGCAUGAUAUCCAUACUAAUUCUGCACCCUCAAAAAUCGUUAAUUUGUUCUCGCACAUAUUAUCUUUUCAUGGCUAUAACACAAGAUCAUCCUCUAAGAAUAAUAUGUACAUCAAAAAAUUUAAUCUUGAAAAACUAAGACAAGCCGUCCCAAUUUUAAGCGCUAAAUUAUGAAAUGAGAUACCAGGUAGAAUGAGAGAUAUGCCAAAAAAAGUGUUUAAACGAAAAUUAAUCAGUGUGCUCUUUGAAAUACGAAAAGACAGAUGAUUAACUUGAUGCAACCAUGAUAACACGAGAAAUAAAAUCGCGAAAUCCUAAACCUUAACUCCUUUCACAAGUUGCAUUAAACAGAUUUGUCUUUCUUGCUUUUGAAUUUAUUACACACAUUUCUUCUUUUCUUCUUCUUUUCUUUUUACUUAUACCUGUAAUAUCUCACUUGUUAUAGAAUUAAUUGGCACACCAUGAAUGGCGCUUUUUGUUAACUGCAAGCCAAAAAAUUGCUCUUGCAAUAUUUUGAUAAUAAAUGUCUUUCUUAUUUUACACACAAUAAAUAAUAAUAAUAAUAAUAAAGGAAUGGCUUUUGGUCACAUCAUCACUUUAUGUGUAGAGUCUAAUAUCUACAAUCGUCUGUUCUACUAAAUUGUCUUGUCUCGUAGGUAGGUCGAGUCAAGUCAACUUUAUUUAGGCAGGGUAGCCCUGUCAGCCAUUGGCUGGUAUCAAAAGGUACCCUGCGUAAAUUAUGACUAAACGAUACAAAUUUAAAAAUUUAAAAUUACUUUAACCCUAUUCAGACUGGGCUUUUUUGGUCAAUGUGUGACUGGGGGGGCUCCUCGGACCCCCCCUCUGUAUCUCUGGAACCAAUAACGCCAGGGUCAUGAAAUUUACACACAAUGAUCAUCUCCGUACAAAGAAGCCCCACACACAGUUUUGACUUGCCACGCCCAAUGAUGACGUCACAGUGACGUCAUAUUCCGAUUUUUCAAUGUUUCUUAUUAUUUUCCACUUAGAUACGUAAAAUAUCAAUAAUAUUGGCAAAGUCAUCUCUUUAAUAUCCUUUCUUAUGAACUAGUAACAAGGAAACACUUGUACAGCGAGAAAAAGCAAUAGGAAGCAAUAAAAUUUAAAAUUUGAAAUGGUUGUCCGCCAUCUUGGAUCCGCCAUCUUGGAUUUCCGUUUUUUUGUUAAAAUUAUAAUUUAAAGCAACUUUCAAAGGGGAAAAAGCUCAGAAUGUAUAAAAGAAGUAUCAAACUAAUGUUUAUUACCCAAACAAAUGACUUUGGAAGUGUUAUUUGGAAAAUAGAGCAGCAUAUUUGUCAAAGCAAAAAAGUGACAAAUUUUACCCCACCCCUCCCCCCCAAAUAUUCGAUGUUGAAACAUUUUGAUGUAAUUCAAAAACUAGUCCCAAGCAAAGACCAUUUUAACAACAAAAAGCACUAUAAGUGUAAAAACGCGAUCUUAAAACAAAAAAAUCACCAUUUUUUAAAUUUUCCAAAACCUAUGUGUCAGAAACUGGUUGCCAUGGCAACAUGAUUAAUCCCAUGGACAUGGUAAUUAUACCAAAUUGUUCCUAGAUAAAUUUUAGGAAAAGUCAGAAAAUUUGAACGUCAUAGCUCUUUCGGUGUAGGAGCUAUCACGAUUUUGCCGGAGGGGGGGUUCGAAAAGCCCUCCCCCCCAGUCUGAAUAGGGUUAAAAUUAUGUACAAGGAUUUUAAAAGGUGCCUAAGAGGGAAAUUACAUAUCAUCAUAAUUUGUUUAAGAUCAAGAAAAAUAAGAGAGCUAUCGAAGUAACCUAAGAAUUAUACUAAUAAGAAACAACUAAUGGCUGAAAUGAAAUCUAAGAAAGUUCUUUAAAAUAAAAAGAGACGAGGCUUCUUUUAUUGAUGUGGGCAAAUUGUUAAAAAGAACCAUACUUAUAAAUCUAAAAGUGUUUUUUCCUAGCGUUAACUUAGGGUUCGGUAGAUGAAUGUCUUUGCUUUGUCUUGUCUUGCAAGUGUGAAUAGUGCGAUUUCUAAUAAAAUAAUCCAAUAAAUAUGGAGGAAAUAAUUCAUUUAGACAUUUAAAAAUUAAAAUACAUUUGUGGGCUUUUCUUUGUGUUUCUAGGUCCACUCACACAAAAAUUUUGAAUGAUUCUUCGGCCAUAUUGCCCUCCUUUGUGUUAUGUGUGCUGCCCUGUUUUGUAGACGUUGAAAGCUGUCACUGCAUCCGGUUGACAACCCACCCCACACCGUAUCAGAGUAAUCAAAAAUCGGCUGUACUAGACAAUUAUACACGCAUUUAGAAGCUUUUAAGGUAAAGUAAGGUCGUAUGCGGGAUAGCAGUCUUGCUCAAUUUGUUUCAAAUCAAUUCUACAUGUACGUGCUCGUUCCAUAAGAGAUUCUUAUCUAGUAUUACCCCUAAGUAACAAAACCUCGAUACUCUGUCAAUUUCUUCCCCGUGAAGUUGUAUUUUAUAGUCUGAACAGUGUUCUAGUUUCUUCCUAGUACCAAACAGCAUCCGUUUAGUCUUACUCUGAUUGAGUACGAGCCUACUGCUUGCUAACCAUUGUUCAACAUUGUUUAGAUCAUUCUAUAAAGCCUGCUAGAUAAUUCUGCGCUGGAGUCAGAGAAGUAGAUAACCGUAUCGUCGGCAUACAUGCCAUUGAUGACUUCAGCAAACUUUGCGGGAGAUUAUUGAUGUAUAUGACAAAUAGUAUCGGGCCCAGUAUGGAUUCUUAGGGGACCCGAUACCCAAGCUACACUGGAUGACACGUCUUGGUUAUAUUUGACGUUCUGGGUUCAAGUAGUAAGAUAGUCUUCAAACUAUUUCAGACUUUUCCCUCUAACUCCAUAAUGUCCUAGUUUAUGCAGCAGACAAUGGUGGCCAACGAGAUCAAACGCUUUUUUUAGAUCUAUGAAUAUGGACCCGGUAAUCCUCUGUUUAUCCAUUUGUUCUCGGAUGUGAUCAACAACAUUUACAGUGGCAGUUUUGGUGGAAUGUUUUUUUCCGGGAUCCUGAUUGAUGUACUGAUAAGGAAUUGUUUUUUUAUAAGAAAUGCCACAAAGUGUGAUUGAAUUGCACAUUCCAUUACUUUUGAAAUUAACCGAAGAACUGAAAUGGGGCGAUAAUUAUUUGGAUCGCUCUAAUCUCCAGACUUGUGAGUUUGAGUUACCGUCGCACUUUUCUAUUCAGAUCGUAUUAAGGUAGAAAUUGAUGAAUUUAUGAGGUAGGCAGUGGGUCUAGAUAGUUCAUUUGCUGCAUCCUUCAGUAACCGAGCAGGAAUACCAUCGAGUCCAGUAGCUUUAGUUGGCUUCAUUUUUAGCAAUUCUUUUUGAACAAAACCUGGAGGACACCUCUUCGAGGACAAAGUCAUGUUUAACUCUAGGUGUCAAAACCUUUAGCAGAGAACAACGCUUAAAAUGGCUGCAUUAAGUACUAGCAAUCGAGGUAAAGAAGUCGUUGAAACUUGAGGCUGUUAGACCAUCACUGCUUGAAGGGCACUGAUUUGAUUUUUUUCGGAAUGAUUUUACGCAAAGUUUGUCACAUCGCCUUUGGGUCUUGAUCAUCCGCCAGCUGAUUAGAACGGAUCCUGCAUCUCAUUAUACCCAUCAUAUCCGCUUUUUCUUCAUCAAUAGUAGGAAAUUCAUCUACCCAUUGAAAGUAUUGACAUUUUUCUUUUCUUCAGCAUGACAAUUAAGGUUUGUCGGGAAGGACCGAGACCUUUUGUUAAUGAGCUGACAGUUCUGGGUAUAAUGAGAUGCAGGAUCCGUGUUCCUUGGGUCAGCCAUGUAUUCGAAGAAUUUUUAAGUAUCGAAUACCUAUUUAUCAGUCAUGUUUUAGAACGCCAAAAGUUCAUAAUUUUGUUAAAUUCAUUGUAACUUGUUUACGAAGCCAAAAAUGAGUCCACAGAUGGUAUUAAAGUUAUAACGAUAAACCGUGUCGAACUCGUCUAACAAUCAUUUCUGUAUUUCGUUUGUGUCUCACAAAGGAUAUGGGUGGAGAAACUAGAAACUAUCAUGUUCGUACAUUUUCUUUUUUUAUUUAAGGUAACACUCAAAGCGAAAUAAAAAACUAAUGGCCAGCUUUCUUUCAAAACAUAUAGUGCAAGAACUUUUGCAUAGAACGAAAAAUAGAGGACACAGGAAUAGUGCCAUUACUUCUUGUGGCUGGAACAAUACGCACUCGAACAAUACUUUUCAAUUACCAGUAACACAAACAAUACCUACCUUUCAGGACAAUUAAGUAAAACAACAGCAGCACAUGAGUUCGGAUUCAAAUGAAAUACAGUAAGCGUACUGUUGGGUCGAUUUAUUCCUAAAAGUUUAGAACCCUCAGGCGGCAAGAAAGAAAGCAUCUGAUUUCAAAUUGAGGUUUAUUUCCCUUGUGACUUACAAGGUGUCAUAAAGCGCAAACGAAUAAUUAAAAGAGCUGCCUCUGACACGAUGUCUGCGACACCUAAACUUGCGAAAUGCGUUCUUUAGUUACAAUUAAUAAUUAGCCAAGGGUUAUUUAAAAUCACCACAAGCUCAUUUGCAUAAUUUGUAUUUGUCGGCUUAAGCCCGUCAUGGGCGCGGUAAGCGGCUUCGUAUUCGUCAGGUUGCGGCCGACGUUCCAAUAUGUCUCUUACUCACUCUCUGGGCGGCUCACUUGGAUUAUUGAGAGUUGCUCUGAGCUGCUCAUUGAGUCGCUCUGAGUUGGUCUGAGUCAAGCUCAAAGGAGCUCACAGACUACUCGUAGUGACUCCAAGUUUAAUCAGUAUAGGUGGUUUUCACGUUACGUCAUCGCCGCCAUGCUGGUGGACGGUAAACAAAAGAUUGCUCAUUAGCUCGUUUUGUUUUUCCAUCAGCAUUUGUUCAUUUCACCAUUGUUAUUUGUAUUUCCCGAGAUUGCAUGAAAACCACCUAUAGGUUGAUGUGAACAGCUCUUACUAAUGACUCAUUCAAUGCUGCUCAUUGGUUGCUCAAAAUGGCUCGCAAUAUUGUAAGGAUCGGUGAGAGCUACUCCGACAAAUCUUUGUUGACAACUAAUUAAUGCCUCUGAAAAGACACCUCAGGUAAAAUGUGGGUCCAUUUAAAAGUCAAAGUCAUCAGUUCUCAACAUUACGUUCUAAUUCGCUUCGCUCAAACGAACGUAAAUUAUUUACCGCUUAAAUAACCGCAAACACUAGGCGAAAUCAGAUAUGGGUGGAUCGCGUGCGAACCCUAACACUUUAAUGAAAAGUAAUCUUACAGCAUUGGUAAAGGAAAAACAGAUAACAUAUUUAAAUAUGAGUUAAAUACCUAAAUGUUUCGUCACACUUAAACGAUUACAUUCUGUCUCUAAAACGUACAUGUCUUUUGCUUCGUCUGUUUUCCACCGCCCAUGAAGUUUUAACAACCUCUCAGAAACGGCUUUGGAAGCGUUAUUACUGAUAACUGCUGUAGCACCCCCUGAACGCAGACUAUGUAGGCCAUAUUCCUUGGGGUCAUAGCCCAAAUCUUUCAAAGUAGUCUUAAAUAUUUCCCUGCAGCGAGUAUAGGAUAACUUGCCAUUCCUAAGGGUAUAUCCCGACUUGUUCUUCGAUAAUGGCCUGAAUAAAGGCAAGUGACUAGACAGAUCCAAAUUGGCUGCUUCAAUAUACCUACGUAAGAUAGCUACUGGGCAGUAUUUGUUCUCUAACUUAGCAAUAUAAACAUAAUUGCCCUCUCUAUAUACAUCCGUUUUACUCCUUGGCACAAAAAUUUUAACAAAACCAUCGCAAAACGUGAGGUGUUUUGGCUGAAUAUUAGCCAACUCGUUAAAACGAAAAAAUCCUGCAAAACCUAAAGAACUUAUUGCGGCAAUACGUAAGUCCUUUAAAGAUGCUUCCUCAGCGCCAUGUCUGUCAAUAAUGCUUCUAAUGAUAGCAGGGUCCACGGGUUUUUUCUUGUGAACUGGAUUGCUCCUUGUCCUCUUGGCGCACUCAAUCAAGUUCUUGCAACAAGCGUUAUCCAAAGGAUUGGGACCAUCAUCAGGAACAAAGGAAUGGAACCAUUUAAGCGCAGCAUGGACCAAAACCAUUGCGGCCGGGGACCUAAGCUGUUGAUCUAAUCCAAAUAGAUAAAGGGCGACAACAGAAGAAGAAAAUGGCAACUGUAGUGCAAUUUUCCGAGUCCUACACCACAGUAAAAACUUGUUUAUUUCCUUAAGAUACUUCUUCGCAGUAGAGUCUGCCCUAGAACAAAGUAAACUACUAAAUAAAGAAUGAAAAUCCGGCCUAAUAGCAGGAGGGAGCACCAUCCAUGCCUUACUUGCAACUACGACCUGCAAGAAAAAAUUAUAUCACCAAAAUUUUGCAACAACAGGAUAGCGGCUUUAGGAAAUGCAACACAAGCGACGAUAGCGAUUCUAAUAAAAGGCCCCAUGCCUAUGACGCAAUGUCCGCAGGCAGCAUAAUAGAAAGAAACCACAGCGACCUCCCUGGGGCAAAAUAGGCAUGCAAAGUAGCUCCUAAACAAAGCCAUAGCGAAAAACCUACAAAGAAAAGUAAAAACAAACGCGUAAAAACUGCAUAUAUAUCCUAAAGGCGACUUGCUCUAGCAGAUCAUUUAAAUCCCCCAAAAAGGCCCCAUAAACGACAGGCAAACGAAUAUAAAAUAGGCAACACCCUAUCUGGGACACAGUCACCUCGAACACCUAAAUAACCUAACAAUCGGAAAAAACAAAAAGUUACAGCCUUGAUAAGAAAGGUAAGUAACCUAAACCAACAAGAAUAACGCAGCUCAACCUUGUGAAAAAACCUUGGCCAGAAUAGCAGGUUGAGUUACGAUUCGCAAACCAGUGUCAAAAAAAAAGCGACACAAUUUUCCAUACGUGAACAGGUCUCUCAUUGUCGAGAGAACUCGAAAACUCGUUCUACUAACAGAAAUCCAAAACGACAGAAAUCUUCUCCGACGGACGCAGUCGUCCCUUCACAUGACCAGUGUCAUAUACUCUGGACACAGCUGUCCAUGCUAUUAAUGACCAGUGUCAAAUCUUGCAAAUACCAGUACUAAAAGCUAGUUCAGAAUGACCUACUCGAAGGGCAAUAAAAGUUGGAUAAUCCUUACAAAAAUUCAAAUCUAAGCGCGACAACCUCGCCUGUAAAACGAGGCGAACCAAGGAAUGAACUUAAAUUUCUUCCCAGGGUGAGAGCUCGGAAUGCAUUCAGCGUAAAACAUCCUUUCAUGAACAACCGAUAUUUACUAGUCAGAAGAGGCCAAAAACUCGACGAAGGCCAUAAUGGGACUACAAGAGUAGCCAUUGCUUUCUGUAGGCUCAAAUAAUGGAUAACGCGGGCGACAAGAGAAACUGGAGGAACCACUAAACAGUUCUCGGAACUUAACUCUUGGGCAAAGAAGUCAAUUCCUGACGUACCCGGAUUCCAGAAACGCGAAAAGAAUCUGGGAAGCUUAGCUGUAUAAUAAUUGGCAAAACAGUCAACUGUAUGUGGGCCCCAUAACUCCUCCAAACUUAGAAAAAGAUCAUGCGUGAUUUGCCAAUCGUCAAAAUCUAUAAGGCGACUGAUAUAAUCCGCCUUCUCGUUCUCAGUUCGUGGGAUCCACUGCACCUCCAAACGAAUAGAGUGCUCCGCGCAAAACUGAAAAAUUUUAAUAGCAAGCCUGUGCAAAUCCAAUUUCAUGCUACCGACUUCUAUAAUUCUAGCCGCCGCCUGGCUAUCAGUGAACCACUUGGCCAGUGAACCUUCCAAAAUUGGCGCAAAAGACUCUAGCGAAAAAUCAAUGGCUGCAAGUUCUCUCCAAGUAGAGCUCUUAGAACAUUCUGAAGGCUCCCAAAGCUUGUGACACACACAAUCCUCAUUAAGGGUAAUAACUGAACCGCAUCCUGUAGCGCUGGCAUCGGAGUAAGCGAAACGUUGUGGCUUAUGAAAGAGAAAACAAUCGCGCACUUUGAUGGAAUUUAGGUUGUUUCUCCAAAAAUAUAGCUCCUCAAUACAAUAAGAAUCCAUCUCAACUUUCGCGUCCCAGUGCUGCGCGCUUAAUGUAGACAUAAUGCAGUGCCUAGUCAUGAUCCUAGAAAUGUUCCCGGAAACAGGCGCUGUAGAAAUUAUCUGCCCUGUAAAAGAAGCCAAUCUUCUGGCAGAAAGAACAAAAUCGGAGUCGAUAAUACUGUCAAUGGUACUAGUUAUUUUGGCAACCCUCCUAUCCACAAUUUCAAUGGUUCCACGAGCGCUAUCCCAAGUGAUACCCAACCAAUCAAACCUCUGGCAAGGUAUCCACACUGACUUAUCCUCGUUAGUAACGAAACCCGCCUUAAAAAGGUCAGUUCUAACGGCAUCCGCUACAAUACUGCACACUUGAGAAUCCUUUUCAAUACCCCAUCCGUCGUCAAGAAAAACAGCAACGCAAAUGCCUUGAUGCCUCCAAUGUUUCUCAAGAGGCUUAAGAAUUUUUGUGAACACGUGAGGGGCCGACGAUAAUCCGAAAGGUAAAACUGUAAACACAUAGAACUUCACUUGAUUGGAACAGGAAUGCUUCCAGGAAAAACCAAGAUAUGUUUGAUGGCCCUCAAAAAUUUCAACGUGGUGGUACCCGCUUUUAAGGUCAAAGGAAAACAUAUAUGCACCCCCGCGAGAAGUAAGACAUAGCUGUUUUCCAGUCUGCGUAUUUAACAUGCAUCUUACGAAGAAACUUGUUGACGUAUCUUAAAUCAAGAAUUAGCCUCUUUUUUCCAUUAGCUUGAACAGAUACGGACAAGGGGUUGACCACCCGGGGCGGUACAUUGGUUUCCACCACACGACCCGACUCAACUAAAUCUUGAAUAGCCUCCUCGACAAACUCGGCAUGUGAAAGAGACGAUCUGUUGUUUUUGAAAACCGCUGGCUCCGGAAAACUAACGAAAGGUAACAAAUAUCCCCUUUCUAUAACGUUAAGAAUAAAACUAGGGGCUCCAAUAUGCUUCCAAAAUUCGAAGUUUCUACGAAGAUUUCCCUUGACGUUGACACACGGCCGACUAGUACUUAACUCAAACUCAAACAAUUCGCUAUCGCAAUGUACCUGAGCGAUAUCAGCAACCUCCUCAUCAAAAACAUUACUGCUUUGCACCAGGUUGAGUGUGGGCUCCGUGACUGGGUCUGUAGGGGCUGUAUGAGUAUCCUGGGGUGAACGUGGUUCCGCGAUAAGCACUUCGUGGGCUAUCCCAGGAGGCAGUGCAUUCUCUUGCCCAAUGGCCGAGCUUGUGACAUUUAAAGCACCUUGCGCGGUCCACGUAAGCAUCUCUACCGCCUGAAAUCAGAUGAAAUAAGAGCAGUAUCAAAAGCAGAUAAAAUGAAAAACACACCCGUAGAAACCUGAGAAAAGGGAGGGUGGGUGGGGCCAGAUUAAAACGUCCGAAGCAGAAAAACAGCUCUAAAGUGCUAAGGUCGCGAGCGAGAGAGAGAGAACAAACUGAAAACAGCAUCUUAAAUAGGUAAAACGAACCAAUCGGAAGCUACUAUAAACGCACUAGGACACCUAUAAAGGCGACAAACUGUAAGAAAGAAUGUGAAGCUAAAAUAACAGUGGAAAAUAUAUUUAACGAUUGAUCCUUAUUAAGUUAUUGCUUUUUAUAAUAAUACGUCAAAGUUCUCCCUGGGGGUUUUUACUGCAGAGCUGAACUAAUUUGUAUGCAACGGUGGGCUUGUUAACUCGCAUAAUUAACUGACUAAUGGCACGUGAAACGCUUAGAUAGAAAGGAGAAAGCGGUUUUGCAAUAGUCAGACAGAAUUGAAUGGAGAGUUUUAGGCUCCACUUUGUGUAUGUGUGUGUGUUUUGUUUAUAUAUCUAGGUUUUAGCGCUAAAUAAUAAGAAGACAUAAGCUAAAUUGAAAUAGAGAGUUUUCAACUCCAUUUUGUGUAUGUGGUUUGUUUAUAUAUCCGAUUUUGAGCGCUAAAAAAGAUAUAGUAAGCCGUUUCUCGCGUUGCUGAGUAAUCGCUCCGGCUGUUAGUUCUAAUAGCCGAGCAUACGCCAUUGGGAUCUACUCAUCGGGAAUUAAAAUAGACUGGAUCAAAAGUUCCCAUUGUCUGGUCUGGGAACAAGCGUCCAAAAGAGCUUGAAGCUCAUCAACCUUGGUAAUAAAACCCAAGGUGAUAAAAAGUUAAUAAACGUUUUCUCAAACACACGAACUCAAACAAAUUGCUUUCUAACAAAACGAUUGCAAGAACGAUAGCGCUUUCGAAAUCUACCCGCUUUUAUUUUGAACAAAUCACAUGUCCUACAAGAGCCAAUCAGGGUUAAAAGGGACCGGGCAAGCCUAUUGUACCUAUUGUAGUAGAGAAACGCUCAUUACAAAUGGAAGAAGGCACUUAAUUAGUUUGGAGGAACAAAUUUUUACCCAGCUAGCUAGACACUGACUAGGCACAUAAUUAAUAUGCAGGAAGGAACUAAAUUUGUAUGAGGGACGACACUUACACAUAUUAAUAAAGAGAAGGCAUACGGAAGGCAGGGGAAGGUACCAAACAGGAGUAAAAUAACCCUAUAUCACUACUAUCAUAAUUAUGAUUCUUUUUUACUUUUAAAAUUUCUUACUAUGGUAAAGAAGUAAAUUUUUCAAAAGUAAGUCUUCCUUUUCCUAACUUCUUGUUCAUUGUCUAAAACAGCAUAUUAUUCAUUCAAGUGACCGAUCCCGCGGCCAUGAAUUUUAUACUUAAAACACUUUAAAAAACUCACCUGCCCGUUGUUAGAGGAAUUUCUAGCUUUACAGACUGUUUUAAACGAAGCAACUUCCUAUAAAUGGCCCCUCGGGAUUAUGGCCUCUCUCCAGGAACCAAAUUUUCAGAUGUUAUCAUUUAAGGGGAACUCCGCCCCUCUGAGCAUACUCCUUGAUAUAAUUAACAGAAUGGCUAGCGGAUGCUUCUGCUUAAAGACUGUAUUACAUACGAAAUUGGCCAAAAUUUCCUAUCAAAAUAUUAUUAGCAAGGGUUUUCUAAUAUAUAAAGAGACAAAAAGCAAUGAAGAUCAAAUCAUUUGACGUUUUGGCGUCGUCAUGAAGCCAUUGAAUUUUUACUAUAAACUACCAGGAAGUUGGCUGAAGAUCAACGAGUAAAAAUUAGUCAAUGUGUAGCAAAUAUUUUGGCUCGAAUUGCGUCCAACUGGACAUUAAGAGGUAUCGUCAGUUCCCUAAUUAGCAACAUUUCGUGCAGUAAAAUCAACCCUUGUUUUUCAACCAAUUUCAGUAUGUUCAAAUCUUAAGAAAAUAAAUAAUAUGAUAUAAUGCAAACCUUAAGAGCUAUAUAAAGUUCAUGGAUUUAACCACCACCUCAAAAUUGCCAAAGAGAAAUGCGCUGAUUGAAUUUUUGAAACUUUCUACAAAUUCAAUAGUGAGCAAUUAUAAUAGGAGUCUCCCCACCCUCCUCAGUCUAUUAGCUAAAGCUACCUGCGAGUUAGUCUCAUUUGUAAAAUUCACAAUCGACACUUCUUCCACAAAUGUGGCCCUGCUUCCUGAAUUGCGCGCCCGCCCAGUAUUUCCAUCAUCCUACUUUUAAUAAAACGCCUGAGGUGGAACUAAGAUUAUACAAGGACCUAUAAUUCACAGCUAGAAUAUUGCUGAUAUGUGCAGGUAUGAGGCCGUGAAUGGCUUUCAAAAUUAACAAUAGAAUCUUGAAAUGUAUGCGCGUUUGCACUGGUAGCCAGUGUAACUCGUUAAGUACUAGAAUGAUGUCAGAAUACUUCCUAAAACCAUUAAUAAUCUAGUGGCAGCUAAUAAUCUAGUUAAUAAUCUAAUUAAUAAUCUAGUUGCAUGCGUGGCAACUUAGCUAUUUUUUCUUUGGGGAGGCCCAUACAAAAAGCUUUAAUUCACAGUAAUCUAUACGGCUCGUGUAGAAAGCCUUUACCAGAGUAAGUACGCUGUCUCUCGAUAAAUACUUCUUACAAACUAUUUGUAUGACCUUGCAUAAUUUUAUACGUUAAUCGUUAGGCAGCUAUUUCUGAUAGCUUAGUUUCAACAUUGUGAACUUGAAAUUUAGCGUCAUGACGACACUGAAACGUCGUUCGUUCGUUUUAUCUUGCUUGUGUAUGAAAGUAUCAUUUUUUAAAAAAUACUUUCACUAUUCUACAACUUGACGAGCAGCAAAACUACUUGACGUUAGUACAGUUGAUCUAAAGAAACAACUUUUAACUCGUUUCCUAAGAACUGAAUUUGAUCAGCCCGGCUAACAUUCUUGUGCUCUUACUUGGUGCCUUAGUAACAAAAUCAUGAUCGUAUCGUGAAUAACCGAGUGUCAGGAUCUAUUUCUAUUGACUGACGCGAAGUGACUAAGCAGCUUCAUGCAAGACCACUGUCAUUGAUAUCUCACCAUGCGAUUCAAAGCCGCACAAAGACCGAGAAACCUCAAUAUACUCAAUAUACUCAUUCGCUUGUAAGGUACAGUGUGAAAUUCUCAACCACAUGCAGCUGGGAUGAAAAGAAAGCUGCAUACAAAUGACCAAAAUUGAUAAUAGCGGGGCUCUCGCGCGCGUAGCGCGCGCAGCGGAGCACCAUGGGUAAGAAAAUGUGGUAAACUACCCAUCCGAGGAAAUUUGGUAAUCACGUGACCGUACACCCACCGACCAACCAACCGAACGUCCGUCCGCACCACAGGCAUACCAAUGUAAAAUAACUCAAUAAACAGGUAUGGCAACCCAAAUGCAACUCGAGGUUUUUUUGACAGGAAAUCGCAUAGCCACCCGCAUCUUGUGAAGCAGAGACAACAAAAGAGUCGAAAAGCGGAGAUUGUCUCUGUAUCCGUAUUUUCUAAAUUAUUAACCUCAGAAUAAUUGUCAUGUCCACAAAUUUGGAAUUUAGAGCAAGAGAAAGACAGAGAAAAAGAGAAAGUAGGCGGCAGACCUGCGAAGCUCAACGAGAAAUACGGCGACAGAGAUCUAGAGCGAGAGAUAAAAAACGAAGAAGAUAUUUUUGACAAAAUGAGACAUGCCAGCGGUCACCAAUGCAAGGUGAAAAUGAGCGGCAGUGAGAAAAAAGUAAAGGAGAAAACGUAGGACAUUUUCUCAAUAAAACAUGUGACUAAGAAGUUUCAGCACGUUGUAGUCGUGCAAAACAACUGCAAAAAAAUGUACAAUCUGCUAAUUAGACCUAUUGUUAUCUUUCACGUUCUCCGGCGUUGCCUUCGCCGCUAGCAUUACCAGAUUUUAUAUUUUGUUUGAACAAACUAUAAAUAUUAUCGACAGCUUCGCUCUUAGUCCUGGCUAAAUCUAUAUAUUAAGAUACAUGUAUAUCUGUUCAAAUUUAGUCAAAUAUCUGCCAUUUUUGGCAGUGAUUUUGCCACUACAGCGUAUAUUUAGCUCAAUGUUUAAAAUUAACCAAAUUCAUCGGUGUGCACCUAAAUCUGGUCUUAAUUGUGCUCUUUUAUAACGGCGAAAUUUCAAUCAUCUCUUCUAUGAGCUCCCUUGGGCUCUGACCGCAUUUUCGCGCCCUCGAAUUCUACCCGCUCCUACGCUUGUAAGUUAUCAGUCAACCUCAUUUAGACCAUCUCAUUGGUGAAUUGGUUCUGGUGCAGAUUAGAUUAGAUUAUCUAAAUAACGAGACGCCUAAAAGAUGUCCCCGUGGGAAUGUAUUGGUGUAUAAAUGCAUAAAAUACCUUUUGAUAAAGGUUGGAAAAAUGUUAUUUGAAAAGGGUUUUUUCUGUCUGCCUACAGUCCCUGUAUAACCGCUAUGUUUGCUCUAAAUUCCGCUGAGAGAUCCUCAUAUUAAAGAGCUUUUGUACCUCUAAAUGGACCUCAGUGUUUAUCGGCAACUGUAAUUUUCCGGUUUGGGUCUCAGCGGACUCAGUUCAGCUGGGGUGAACAACUGCCCCGAAUAAUGUCGCUGCAAUGAAAAUCUAGACUGGGCCGCAGACGUAACGUAAUCAAACCCCGGUGAGUAACGUCUGCGAAACAGCGCCCAAAUUUUUUUUUCUAGGCCUCCACUAGCCUCCCACGCAGGCUUUUUUAGGGGAGCUGGUUUUUUAUCUCUCCCCAUAAACGCCUGCUCAACCGAAAACAACAUUCCUUUCCCAUGCUUAGCCAAUCACAUUGUACUUUCCAAAUUCUGGAAAGUUGACCUUGACCGCAAGGUAAUCUGUAAUUAAUGAAACACUGAGAAAGCUUUGUGGACCUCUAAUAAAUGUUAGAUUCAUAGCGGCAAAAAUAAGAUUUAGUCAAAUUUUAGAAUACUCCAUGCACUGCAUAACCUUAGCGAAAAAAAGAAAAGAAGGAAAACAACGACUCUAGGGUCACGUUUUAGUCGCGUUUAGCCCGUCAACAGUUUAUUGCACAACUGUUGACUGGUCACUUACCGCGCAAAUAAAACAAUGAGAAAGGAAUGUUGUUUACGGUUGAGCAGGCGUUUGUGGGGGGGAUGAAAAACAAGCUCCCCUAAAAACGUCUGCGUGGGAGGCUAGGCCUCCACCUGUGUACCAGGAUUUUAGUACGCGCCAUGAUAGGCCUGUUAAAGAAGCCAUAGCCAAUUUACCGAUCAUUUUGUAAGGAAAUUCGAAACACCUGGAAUAUCCAUAUUAAUGAAAUUCUUAAGAAGGCCUCUAAGAGAAUAUAUUUUUUGGUACAACUUAAGGGAGCUAAGGUUACUCGCACUGAUUUAGGGCUCUUCUACUAUAGUUGUAUUAGUUCAAUUAUGGACCAUGCAAUACCGGCUUUUCACUUAAUUUUGCCCAAAUAUUUAAUGCAAGAAUUGGAACGUAUACAGAAGAGAGCAAUGUCCAUCAUCUGCCCCGGUGUUAUCUAUCAUGAGGCUCUUGUUAUUAUGAACUUUGAGGAAUUACCAACCCACCAUGACGAAAUAUGUGACUCACUUUUUCACACAAUUGUAAAUGACAACAAUCACCGCCUUUAUAAGUUAUAACCUGCACCGCACGAAUCUACUUAUUCAUUACGCUGAUUUAGCAACAGAACAGGAACGUCAUUUGACGACGGGUAAGCACGCAGAAAGGUGUAAACUCGACUUCCGGUACCCAAUUUGCUGCACUGCCAUUGAACAAUCCAGUUGUUUGAUUUGCGCGCGCAGUCGUCAACAGACAUUCCCGUUCUGUUGCUAAAUCAGCCUAUUAAGGCGCGCGCGAGCUUUUAACAUGCCAGGUUUUAAAACGAACCGUUUUAAGUUCAGUUUAGCUUUCUUAUCUUUUCAUGUUUUAAAGCAACUAGCUUAUAGGUUCGAGUUUUCGAAUUUCGCAGCUUGUAUUUCGAUAACUUUUUUUAGCAUCUCAUCUCUUGUUAGCUUUUUUAUUCCUUUCUAUUAAGAUAGAUUAGUUGAUGUUUAGAUCUAUAAUGUAACUUUUGUAACGUAAAUACGCAAUUCAGUUUUCGAACUGCUAUGUGUUUAUGAAUUAAAAAACUUCAAACUUCAAACUUCACACUUCCAUAGGGGACCAGAACAAGGCCUAUCGGCGCUGCUUCGCAGACAUUAAUAACCGGGGUUAGAUUACGUCUGCGACGCAUGUAAUAAAAACCAAACCUCUUUAGAUGUUUACCAACGGCGGCAGGAUUAGCUCAGUCGGUAGAGCGAUUGACUGAAGAGCGGAAGGUCGAGGGUUCGAUUCCCGGGGUCGGACCAAUACUCAGGGUCUUACAGUAACUGAGAAUAUUGUCCCGAAUAAGUACUCUUGUGCUAAAUACCUUGACACUCAAAUAAAGUGCAUUUUUGAACAAUAUUGACUUCCUCAAAUUAUGUUUUAUUGUUGUUAGGUUGAUGUCAACAGCUUUGGUGCUCUUCUUUGCGAAAUGUGCAUCAGACAACUUCCAGAUCCUCAAAGGCGUAACGAACAAGUGGUGCUUGUAACGAACGGUGUGUUUCGUGGCCUGGUGCGGUGAUGCAUGCAAGGAGAGCCUGGGGCGAGAUCAACCAUACAGGAGAUAAUCGA